AUAAGUUUUAAAAUAUAGAUGGUAUAAUGUUUAUGCUUUGCAUUUAUAUAGCACGUGUACAUAAUAACAAGUAAUGGAUGGGCAAAAUAAUAUUGGCAGAUGCAAAUGGAUGAAGCGUAGCACAUCCUCUGCUAGGAGAGUCAUUGCCCCUCACCAGACAUGAAAGAGUAUUAACUCCCACCACCACUACCCAGGCAGACAUGGAGGAGCAGUAACUCCCACCACCUCGACCUAGGCAGACAUGGAGGAGCAGUAACUCCCACCACCACCCAGGCAGACAUGGAGGAGCAUUAACUCCCACCACCCAGGCAGACAUGGAGGAGCAAUAACUCCCACCACCACCCAGGCAGACAUGGAGGAGCAGUAACUCCCACCACCACCACCCAGGCAGAUAUGUAAUAACAGGACUCUACUGCGACGGCGACAUCCCUGACAGGGCCCCUCCCACUUUCCCGGCUCCGAGCACUCUGAUUGGAGGAGGGAGCGGAGGGCUUUACUCGCUGUCUCCGCACGGUUUGCUUCCGGUAUCACAUCCUCCGAACAUGGCAGCCGCCGGGUUGUGCUCUAUCUUAGCCACAGGUAACGCCAGCUUCAGCCCGCGGUGUGUGCACCUCCCGGUCACUAUAGUCCUCUCACCGUCACAGCGAGGACUAGGCGCCGCAUCGCUUUAUCCCUGUUGACACUCCCCUGCUUCUCGCUCCUUGCUCAGCGUGUUCGGAUGCCGUGCACAUUAUGCCCACCUCCCCCAGCAUCAUCCUGAGCUACAUUGUUACUUUAUUCUGUGUGAACUCCCCUUGUUAUAGUGAUACAGGAAGAGGGGGCAGCGUGCCCCUUACACUGAUAACACGAUGUCACAUUUCUUUUACAGCAGCUUCAUUGUUUCUUCUGGUGCCCACUCCAGUAACUGCAUUUGUGGAGGAUUUGGAUGACUCGUAAGUACAGACUCAGACUCUGCUCAUGUUUCUUAUUUGAGAGUCAGUGGCCUUAUAGUGACAGCUCAGCAGUGGUGGCAACAACUAUUGUGGUUGUAUUUACCUUGUUUAACCCUUUAAGGAUACAUGACAUGUGUGACAUGUCAUGAUUCCCUUUUAUUCCAGAAAUUUGGUCAUUAAGGGGUUAACCGGGCGGGAGGGGUACCCUGAGGGUGGGGGCACCCUCAGGGCACUAUAGUGCCAGGAAAACGAGUAUGUUUUCCUGGCACCAUAGUGGUCCUUUAAAAUUAAGUUAGUGGUUAUGGUGUAGUAUUUACGGUAGCAGGAGUGCCCUGGUGCUUUCUCCCAGUUAGAUGACAACUUACUUGGGUCCUGCCGGAUGAAAAGAAAAGCCAAGCUACUCUUGCGCAACGAAGGACAAUGCCCUCGUUGAGAGCACUCCGCAAAUGGGUGCAGUCCUGCUUUUGCUCUUCAGAGGCAUUCAGCUUUUUGUGCUGGAGAAGACCAGAUGUGGCACAAAUGGACAGCAGGACCAAAGUAAGUUGUCAUACUGUGUGAAUAUGCAUUCUUGCAUUCCAAGCACCAUAAUCAUUACAAAUUACUCAAUUUAGCCUAUCUUUCUGUAAAAAAAAAAAAAAAAAUCACACUGGAACAAGUAUAAGUUUCAAUGAACACUACUGCAAACAUGUUGUUUAGCAUACAGUACCUGUUUAGUUCCCUUAACUCCUUCUUGGGUUCACGUGGGUUAUCUCCUCUAAGAAAAAAUCAUUAAUAUUUCAAAUCUAAGCACUCCAUUGAGGGAAGCAAUGGCAUGAGUAAUAAAAAAUAUCAAGACAUAAAAGCUAUACACAAUUCACAAAUAUACGGACUGUGUCCCUCGUCCCGUGGAGACCUGCAUGUCAUCUUGUUCUAGAUCUGGACUGUUCUUAUGGGUGUCAGUCUGAUGUGCAAAUGGAGUCUCUCUUUGAUGGUACAAGUGAACUAAAAUUAGUUUUAGGAGUCAAUAAUAGAAACUAACCAUAUUACAUGUAGUGUAUACAGAUAAUGUAUGUAGCUUAUAUGGAAUAAUUAUUUUCAUGUACUCUUCUUCAUAAGCAUAAUUAUUGUUCCAUACUGCAUAUUUUAUUUAGAUUACCUUAAAAUAAAAAUCCAAGCACCAUAACCACUAAAGGUGCUGUGGUUAUGGGUCUAGGAGUAGCCUGACGCCCUGCCAUGUAAGUAAUCAAACUGUUUUUAGAACGGUAUGACGACUUACCUGGGAUCCACUAGGUACUGUUCCCUCUUUUCACAUCUUCAGACAGAGACUCCAGUUGUUGCCUAGAUGCUUCAAUUAGCUCCCCUAGACAAAGUUCUGCAAUGAAGGACUAGCUUAACUAGCGAAACUUCUCUUGCUUGCCCUUCGGUUAGUCUUCUGAAUGUUUUUGUUCACUUACAAAGAGAACCUAUAAUGUUUGCAUAUUAGAGUGACCUCCACCAGCCCCCCAAAAAGGGCAAUCCUGAUCUGAAAGGUUGGCAAGUUUUGUUUGCAUGAAAGAUACAGCAACCCCUGACGAUCGUAUUGGCCUUCAUUGGGCCUCAUUUGAGAGGUGUAGCUGAUACCCCUCUAGACACAGCACGGGGUCCACAUCUGGUUUACCUUUUUAAUUUGGGAAAAAAUCCAAGUAAUUGCAUUGCAAAAAAAAAUGAAUGAGAACUUAGAUAAACUUCAAUAGCAAUUCCAUAUAGAGAAACAGAUUAAAUGUUCAAUAAAUCUGUAUUCAUGUAAAGAUUAAUUCUUUAAAAUAAAAAACAUACUGACAUCAGAAAAAAAUUAGUGUGACGGGUCCACUGUGCCGCAACUGAGCACACCCGUCCGAACAGCUUCUUCCCACAGCCAAACCACAGAUGUCAGCCCGUUCACGGAGACUCAGUCAGCUAACACCUUUCCCCCAAGAACAGCAGACACACACAACUUGAGGGUAGAACAGAAAACAAUUUUUUCUUAGCCACACCCGAGUAUUUGUAUACAAGUGAAAUCAUUAGUAAACACACAAAGGUUUGGAACAGCAACCAAUCAAACUGGGCCUAAACAAAUAGCCAAUCACACUAAGCCCAUUAAUAACCAAUAGGACACCAUCACAGAACAACUACUUUACAUACACAGGAAAAUAAUUAUCUUGUCUCUCCAUGUUGUGGCUAGGACUAAGUCUGUGCGGUCUAAAUGGCCGCUCCUCACCAGAGCUCAUCCAAACAAAGGAGACCUUGAUGCCCAAGUGACGGCGUACCAGUAUUCCGUCACAACUAUUAUGUUUGUUUGUUCAUAGGCCUACGAUUCGUACAGGGCUAUUCACUAAAAUUGAAUUUUUGAUCAAACAUUGCUCAGCUGGCAUUUUUCGUAAUGUUCCAUUUAGGCCUAACACUUGCAAUUUGUUGAUGAAUUCACAAUUCAGUUUAGUGAAUUACCCUGUAUAUGCUUUCUUGUGCAUGUUUCUAACAUUCCAGCUUUGCAAAACUGUAUUAAAAAAACAAACCCUUUUAGUUUUUUAGAUGAUGCUUGUCCUUUCUUUAUUCCAUAUAUGUAGCUGUUAUUUUUAGGUUUAAAGUGUCUAACGGCUGAACAAGCACAAUGCUUUAAAAUGACUUUAUCAAAGCAAUGGGACUUUUCAGGCAGGGAUUAGAAAUCUUUGUGGUCCACUGACUUUGCCAUCUGAUAACUGACAAAGUGAAGCCCAUGUUAGUAGUACUUUAAUAGUAAUUGUGAUGCGAGUAAAUGUUUUUAAUGUUAUCUGGUGCAACUGGUGAUUGACUAUGCAGAAUUGGGGUGCAGUCCAUCUACCAUAAAGUAUACCAAUAUAUAAAACAGAAGUCAUGGUCUGUGAGGGCUUAAUGUUUUGCUAAAUUAACUAUACGUGUAUUUUAAACCAAAUGUAAUACUUGAAUAAGUAUUAACAUUCUUGGCAGUUUCUACUAACUACAGUAUUCCAACCUGGAAUUACAUUGUAUCUACUUAAAGGACCACUCUAGGCACCCAGACCACUUCAGCUUUAUGAAGUGGUCUGGGUGCCAGGUACCUCUAGGAUUAACCCUUUUUUUUUUUUAUAAACAUAGCAGUUUCAGAGAAACUGCAAUGUUUAUACUGAGGGUUAAUCCAGCCUCCAGAGCCUCUAGUGGCUGUCUCAUUGACAGCCGCUAGAGGCGCUUGCGUGCUUCUCACUGUGAAAAUCACAGUGAGAGCACGCAAGCGUCCAUAGGAAAGCAUUGUAAAUGCUUUCCUAUGCGACCGUCUGAAUGCGCGCGCGGCUCCUGUCGCGCAUUGCCAUUCAGCCGAUGACGUCGCGAGCAAGGAGGAGUACAGCUCCCCGCCCGGCGCUGGAGAAAGGUAAGUGUUUAACCCCUUCCUCUCUCCAGAGCCCGGCGGGAGGGGGUCCCUAGGGUGGGGGCACCCUCAGGGCACUAUAGUGCCAGGAAAACGAGUAUGUUUUCCUGGCACUAUAGUAGUCCUUUAAUUGAUUUACAUGCAUACAUAACCAGAGAUGUGAUUUUAAAUCUACUUGUCCAAGGGAUUAAAGCAGUGGCCCAAUCUACUUGUCUAUCAUGACAACCUACUUGUCUUGACACAAAAUUAAUUCCAUUUACAAAUAUUGCUGAGAGCCCUGCACAUUUACUAUUUGCUUAUCUCUGAACUUCCUCAUAUUAAAUCUGAAUGGAAAAAUGGAGGCAACAAUAGCUGAUUGGGAAUGCUUCUCUAACUCUACUAUAGUCACCACGUGGCAAUUUUUGCCUGAGUUUAGCAAUUUGGAUUUAUUUUGUGAAAGUUUGGAAUUUAGUGAUUUACCCUGAGCUUCUCACAGUCUGCUCUCCCAGAGCCUCUUUCUUUGUCAUAGAGUGUGUGGUUGUGUACUGGCUGUGUGUCGUGUGUGCUAGCUAAAUGUAGUGUGUAUUGGUUAUAUGUAAUGCAUUUGUGUUGUGAGUGUGUGUGCUGAUUGUAUGUGAUAUUUGUGUAUAAUUUAAUUUAAGAAAAAUCAUGAGCUUUUCCAGUCAGUCUAAUGCAACCCAUUGUACAGCGCUACGGAAUCUGAUGGCGCCAUAUAACUAAUAUAAUAAUAAUAAUGAUACCUGUUUAUGUGAUUUCGAUUUGAGAAAGCCAGAGGAGAGGGCGAAAUGCGUCUCGGAGAAUUUACCCAGCAUUUAAUGGACAUUGAUUUUAUUGUUUUAUAAGUCUUAUGUGUAUUUUUAAUACUUAAUUAUUUUUUAUAAAUUUGAUCUUUGGAUCAUUACUAGUCCAUUUGCUGCUAUCUUCACCCUGCUGCUAACUGCUUUGAAAGAAGGUUUUACCCCCCUUUAGUGGGUUACAAGCUGUUCCAACAUGAGCCAGGUAUUCACAAUUGGCUCUAUAAAAUGUGAGCAAUAUAUCAUUUGACACCAAAUUUGUAUCUAUAUCUUGGUUAAAACAUACUACAUUAGAGAGAGAUCUCCUCUUCGUUUCUCCCCAAGUGUUUAAGAAAAGAAAACAGAAAGAGGGAAGGUGUCUCCAUGUGUACACCAAAGCGCUUGAGAUUUGUGCCAGUCCUACACUUGGCUCUAUACUUGUGAGUUUGUUUCUUACAUUUAAGGAUCUAUACAUCAGUUUUGAUAUACAGUACUGCACUAUUGUAUUUUCUCAUCUUUGUUUCAUAUAUUUAAUCUCCGUUUGGGAUACACAAUACCCCUGGGUUGUAGGAGUAAGUAUUAUUUUAGCGCUCCACUUUAGGGAGUUUUUUUCAAGUGGAUUGGUUUUUAUCACCCUUUCUUAAUUCUCCUAUCUACACUCUGUAUACCUGUUUAUGUACUGCUAGUAUAUAUGGUGGGAAGUUUUGGACUUCUAAUACCAUGCCUUCCCUCUGAACUCAAGACUUCUGGGUUGUGAGGUUCGCUGUCUGAGUCCUGCAUAGCAUGCAGCUAAAAUGCCUACCUUUCACCCAACUGAGACUUUCCUGGCAUUUAGUGAGUCUGUGCACGCUAGAAAUAAUGACACACUCUAACUGGAGAGCACUAACACUGCAGAGGUGCAUUCCUCCCUGCUCGGGUACCAACCCCUCCAAAUCAGCCCUGCUGCUUGCCUUAGUGAGGGAUAAUAGAAUCAAAAAAAUCUCCUGUCUUGUGACUGGGACUGCAUUUCCCAGUCAAUAUAAGUUCCACAUACAGCCUGGCAUAACACAUUUACAUAAAUAACACUUUGAGUGCAAAAUAUUUUUUUAAUUUUUUUUUUUUUUUUUUUUUAAUUUUAUAAAACAUUUUUUAUUACUACAUUUCUUUUCAAGUCAGUUUUAUGAAUGAGGAUUCGAUGAUUCUGCAAGAGCCUCCCACUUUCGAAAUUUUUAGAAAUAGGGCCGAGAGAUAGUGAGAUUCGGAGCUGGAACACAUACUUUGGGAUUACAGAGUUUGAUAAUGUUUUGGCUAGCACCAGGGUCCUCUUGGCACCAUAACAACUUCAUUUUGAUGAAGCUGUUAUGGUGUUCGGCGUGUUCCUUUGGAAAGGAAAGUGUUAAGUUACAGUCGAACAAACAUAGCAAAAAGGCCUCUGUCACAAAAUGAGAGCUUGUGGGAAAAGGUUCAGUCAUGCAGGAAUUAAAUGAUCUAUCUAUCCAUGCGGCAGUGGUUUACAGUCUAAGCAUCUAAACUGCUGCAUAUUAAAUUGUUACUAAAAGCACCAUGACCACUUCAGUGAUUUUGAAGUAGUCAUUGGGCUUGGAGUUUGUAUGUGCAAUACUUGCUAUGAAACCUUGAGCUUAGCCCACAAGUUCUGGGCUGGAUUAUAUCAAUUUUGUGCAUUAUUCUUGAACAGAGUUUAAUUCAUUAGCAGAAAGCACUCACCUGAUGCUCUCAGCCAAUGAAUGGUUGAUUAAAUUGGCAUCGGGAUUCUGUAGGUCAGCAGAACCUGGAUUUGCAUCACCUGGCAGAACAGGAGCCUCGGCACAUAGCAGGUACCCAAGUAAGAAGACAACUUUUGCAUAAUGAUUAGCCCCAUUACCUAGUAAUGGUGCUAGUACGCUGUAGUGGUUAUGAUGCUUGCAGUAACCAUUUAAUGUAUUUGUUUUGGUGCAAUAUUACGUACUAAUUUUGGUUCAGUAUCCAGUCCAUGCAGUCUGAUGGAGAAAAGCAAUGCCAUGUUGAGAUAAAGCACUAUUUACAUUGUUCCUUCAGUCUGUGAACUGUUUACAGUUUUUCUGUGAAGUAUCAGUUUGGAGGCAUGUGCAGUAGCCUCACACGUGCUGUAUGUCCUCCAUGCUUUUCUAAUGAGUCAUUCAGUUUGACAUCAGAGUAGGUGGAUUGGUCUGCUGGGAACAGACUGUCUUGGCACUCGAAUGCUUGUAAGUGUUUAUUAUUUAUUUAUUAAAGCAAGCCAUCGUUAGCCCAACCGCUAACUCCCAAAAGGGAUUCUCCAGUACAAGGCAUGUUGGAAGACCACAUUAAUUUAGCUGUAAUCAAAUUAGGCCACAUUCAAAAAACGUCAAUUAGAUAUACUUAAAUAUUUACAUUAUUUUGGGGUGGGGCUUGACUGGCAUGGUGAGUGGUUGCAUACAGCAUGAGCCCCUGGAGAUUUAUCACAAUAUAACCUUUUAAGCUAAUGUUUUUGUUCCAUAAAUCAGACUCCUGAUGACCCUGCUGUUGUACUGCACUCCUGGGGCUACUAAUCUGUGCUUUUGGCACCACUUCAUCUGGUCAGCAAACGGUAGGGCUUGUUGUGACCUACCAAGCAAACGAGAGUGAGGGAGGUGGCCGAUCCCUCUACCCAGAAUCUACUAAGAACACCCUCGAUUUCCCCUCCCCUCUCCGCCGGUGAGGGAUAUCCUGGCACCCUAAGCUACAUCUUUAACCUUGGGACUUGUGCACACCCCAAAUCUGACAGGGCUCAUUGUAGGCAUCUAACAUGGCGACGGAGCUUGACUCUGUGGGGCCUAGAUGGGGUCUAGCAUUCAACGACAUCUGUGAAGCCUCUUGGUAGUGGUUAAGACUCCGUGCAGAAGCCGCGGCACCUCCCAUCUUGCUAAACAAAACGUGAAGGCAGCCAAAGCCACUCCUAGUUACCUCUCGCUGGAACACCCCGCUCUGCAGCAACAUCCAUCUGGUCUUUCUGGCAUGAGGAUUGCUGGGAGAUGGGAUCUCCGAGGCAACCAACGCUUCUGCGACCUAAAGAGGAGACGGAAAAGGCAGCUGCGAAGCAUGUAGCAGUGCCGCUCCCCAUUCUGGUCCAGGGCCCCGACCUUCCAGGGAAAUGCUUCAAGGCAAAUCUGUCUUUCUGCAAGAGCUGACUGGGGCACACUUAGUCUGUCCUGCCGACGCAUUCGGAUGCAACUCCCCGCUGCACCUCUCGUAAUACUCACAAAGCUGGCCUCAAGGAGAGGCAUUGGCUAAGGGACUAGCCAAAUCUAGAGCUCCCCACUUGAGCAACAAUAUGCAACACUUCCACCUCAUCCAAGGUUUCUUAUGUGUGUGAUAUGCCAUACCUCUAUCUUUUUCCUUAACGCACAUGCUUAAGUGCCAGUGCACAACCCCAGUGUAUCAGCUUUACUAUAUAUAAUUUACUCCUGUUACCCUAGAAACCAGUUCAUAAGCUUUGUUUUAUAUCAGUGCAUUUCUGCUUUUACUCUGUUAGCACUGUGUUUUACUAGCUCUCUUAACAAACAAAAAAAGUUCAGUUUAUUGUUUGAUUUUUGAUAUUUUGCAAAUGUCCUUGAUAUAUCUAUGCACGUCAAAAAUAAAGAAUACAUUUUUUUUUUAAAUGUAUUUAUUUUGUAAAAAUCUAUUUCUAAAGUUUAACUAACCAUUUAAUGACUUUGUUGUGUCUGCAUUUUGUUGGAAAGCAUUUGAAUAUUUGGUUGCGGCAUGGAGGUCCUCAGCUUCAGUUGAUACUCUAAGAUGGGUAUCAGUCAUUUGUGACCUUAAGGGCGUAUUGAUUUGGGUUAGGUAGGAGAAUGUAGAUUUGCAGCAAUAAGUGAUUGAAAAGCAAGAAAACAUUUUUUUGGGCAUGUAGCCGAUAACGUGGGUCUUCUACUGCAUUUUUCCAUAUUUCAAUUGGAUUUUUUUUUUUGCAUCAAACAAUGUGCUGGUCUCACGUAUGCUCCCAGCCUGCAUCACAUUUCUAUACCUGUCAGGAGGGCUAGCACGCAUGUGCAACACAGGUAAACGCUGAUCUGCAUCACCAGAUGUGAUGUGGGUAAAGAUUUCUCACAUGGUAGAGCAAUCUGAUAGAACACUGGUCAAUCUGGGAGGAUUAUUUUGUUGAAAUUUAUUUUAUUCUUUGGUAUUUUAAAUCAGGUCUUGACAAAUUUGUUUAAAAUGUAGGAGCCAGCUAAAAAAGUUGGGAUCCAGUUUUUUUCAUCUGGAAAAUUGCAAAUCUUAAGGGGACAUUAAGAAUUAAUGUAGCUUAAUGUAGUUGUUCUGGUGUCUGUAGCCUGGUAGAGAAAAGACAGUGUUUACAUUACUCCCUAGUAACACCUCCAGUGGCAGUCACUGAGACGGCCACUAGAGUCCUGGGUCAGCGUUCUGCAUGGAGGCACUAAAUGAUCCCCAUAAAGGAUCAUUGAUUGUCUCUAAAAGAUGUGCAUGCGCGCACCCCUCCUCCUCCCCCCCCCCAAACACACACACAAGUUUAUAUUUUUAUUUCAAUUUGAGUCCACCUUGCCUCCCUACGUUUGGAAGAGCUGGAGUGGAUGCUUCACCUGGGAUCCAUUCGGGCUGCUCUCUAAUCUUUCUGCAGUUCUUAUCUGCUCCCUUGCGUGCUCUCUGCAGUGAUGCUGGGGCCAGACUGACAUAAUUAGUCUCCUGGCAUCACUAAACCACGCGCGAUGGAGCAGAGCAGAACUGCAGGAAGAUUACUGCUCCCUCGCUCGCCACCCCGUGCUGCUGGCAUCAAUGCUCCGCGGGCGGUCACGUUACCCAAAAAGGCUGACAAAUCCCAGGCGCCAGGGUUACAUUUUGAGUCGCCAUGGCAACCUGGCGCCUUGGUUUUAUCGAGCCUUGUGUUAAAUCUUUUAUAUUUUUAAAAUGAACAAAAUGUAUUAAUAAAGGAUUUGUACAAUUUGGAUUGUCAAAAGGCUGCACUUAAAGGACCACUAUAGUGCCAGGAAAACAUACUCGUUUUCCUGGCACUAUAGUGCCCUGAGGGUGCCCCCACCCUCAGGGUCCCCCUUCCGCCCGGCUCUGGAAGGGGGAAAGGGGUAAAAACUUACCUUUUUCCAGCGCUGGGCGGAGAGCUCUCUGCUCCUCUCCUCCCUCCGCCCCGUCUGAAUGCGCACGCGUGCAAGGCUGCGCGCGCAUUCAGCCGGUCGCAUAGGGCAUUUACAAUGCUUUCCUAUGGGCGCUCUCUCUCUGUGAAAAUCACAAUGAGAAGCACGCAAGCGCCUCUAGUGGCUGUCAAUGAGACAGCCACUAGAGGAUUAGGGGGAAGGCUUAACCCAUUCAUAAUUAUAGCAGUUUCUCUGAAACUGCUAUAAUUAUGAAAAAAAUGGGUUAACCCUAGAAGGACCUGGCACCCAGACCACUUCAUUAAGCUGAAGUGGUCUGGGUGCCUAGAGUGGUCCUUUAAUGACAGGCUACAUGUGACAUGUGGUAGUCUGCAGGUUCUCCACUCCCUACUCCAGUAUCGAACAAUAAUAAAUUCCUGCUGUUAAAAAAACAAAAAACCCCCCCACAAAUUUCAGUCAUUAGCAAUGCUGUGCCACAGAAAUCCCAACUUGUGCUUUUACGCUAGAUGCUGCUUUGUGAGCUGUAACAGACUGAACAGGUUAACAUCUCAAGGGACCUGUUCACUAAACAAUGCAUUGCAGAAUGUUGGGUCAUGCUAAUCAGGCAGUGAUGUUGCACUUGCAUAAUACUUGUGAACUGACAAAUAGAACUAGUCAAAUAGACCAAUCAGCUUACACAAUGUUUAGCAAUAAAUAGCAAAAUUCAAACCAACAUAAUGAGGGCAGGUAAUCUAGCAACUAAAUAGAAUACACAUUUGAAGUAAUAAAACCACCAAAAAACAAAUGUAAAUGCCAUAUGAUGAUGGAUGGCAGAACAUGUGUCUGGUUAUGGUUGUCACACUAGCCUAGAUCUCUCUCUCCUGAAACAAACCUCCGGGCUCUCAUUAGACUUAAAGCAAAUCUGUUACUGUGCAGGUUUAUUUAUUUAUAUUUUUUUGGUACCUCUAUGUCUUUGUUUUCCAGUAAUGUUCGAGUGCUUUUAUUAUUUUUUUUUUUUAUUCUACUGUGCUUUUGACUAUUGGCUUGUACCUGGACUAUUCUGACUUCUAUUUUACUUGACCUUUGGCUUGUCUUACUGUACUGUAGUCCUGCCCUCGGCCUGUCCUGUUUAUGCAAGAUUUUAUGUUAAAUCCAACCAUUCUAAGGUCCGGUAAUACGGUUUAGGUUUUCUGGUGUUCUAUUGUUUGGUUAUCUAAGUUCUGCGUGUUGGAUAUUAGACUAUUCUGACAGUCAUGUGCUAAAUGAAAAUUACAUUUAUAUCAGUUAUUUUGGAAGUUUUGAUUUGUGAUCUUAUCAGAGAGCUAUCUUGGCUUCCAAAGCAACCAAUAGGCAUUGAGGAACAGAUCAAGAAGAGGCAUAAAGAUUAUUGUCCUGAUGGAGUAGUAUUGGCAGGAAGGGUAUUAAAAAAGGAGGCCAAAAUUGAAUCAUAUAAUUUAACAAAUGGAUGACACGAGAACACACAGAUUGCCCAACCCAAAAAUGUAUGUAUAUAAGCAGCUAAACAUGUAUCGUGUCAAUUAAAAUAUAUAUAUGAAAUUACAAAACUGCAAAUUCCUAAGACUGUGAUAAGAGCUUUCAAAGGAGCCAAGUGGACAUCAAAAUUAUAGACGUGGUACUGCAUUCUACUGCGUGUUCGAUAGGGAUAUACCUUUUAAGUAUCAUUAAUACCCAAAUCAAUCUGUAAGCAUAUUGUUGAUAGAUGUGUGUAUUAUUUUAAUUAUAAACUAAGGCAGCAUUAAUCACACAGACUAAAGUAAUUAAAAAAAUAAUUGGGUGUAUAGCCCUUGAAGUCUUCAUUAAAUAUAAAGCAAUGUGAAUAUCGCCUUUUAGAGUCUGUUCUGUACAGUGACUAAGCAAAUGUAUCUAAACACAAAAUUAUCCAAUGAUUAAAGUAGAUGAAACAUACUUAGAAAAAUUAGCAGCUGUCUGCAAUAGAAGAUUAGUAAAACUAAGAGUGUGUAAAGUUUUGAAUGCUCAGUACAGGCAUCUACCACUCUUUAUAAAUAAAAGGAGAACAAAACAAAAUACCAGAGUGUCGGUGUGAAAAUAACAUAUUCCAAGUUUCUGAUAACCCACAUGUAACACUUUGGAUAAAGUGUUGCGUGCUGUAACUUUGUAAGACGACAGGUAGGUAGUGCCAUGAGGUAAGUAACUUACACAACUUCCAACACCAGUAUAUAGAAAAUGAAAUGCUAAAGAGACUGAAAUAGGAAAUGAAAACCAACAGUCUAACUUUUAUGGCCUGAGUGUGGCUUUCAAGUGUCGUGACCUCCGCCCUUAACGCUGAAAUUUUUUACCUAAUUGCUUCAUGCAGAUUAUCAGAUACCUGCUGCAAAUCUAUCUUGGUGACACUUAAGGAGGUUGGUGCCUUGAGAUCCACACUGAUCUCAGCUAAAGUAUAGCGUCCCGGGUCAGAAGAUGGCGAGGGUGAUUGGGAGUCUGUCAGUUCAAGGCGCAGGUUCUCACAUGGCAGUCUCAGAAAAGACUAUACAAACCCUUUUAUCGGGCCAGUUUGUGAACCACCUAUGCCCCUCUUUUGUGUCGGAGGAUGGUCAGGGUGCUUGGUUUACCCCAUUUGGCAUUAGCUGCUGUUUAAAGUGCAAGAAUAUAGUGCUGGCUGUAAUUUAUAGAAUUCAACGAUGUGGAAUGGAGCACACAGCCUAGGCGUCCAUCUAUAAAAAAAUAAUUUGCUUCUGUGAUGUUAAAAUACAGAAUAAAAUAAUGGUACAUUGUGCUUUGAAAGGCGAAUUUCACCCUGAUGAUUUAUAUAUAAAUUUAUAUAUAACCAUGGACGCCGCUAACAAAUCAGGGAAGUACCAAGACACUGAACGUGUCAUUCACUUUUAUUUUUAGCUUACUAGAGCUGAGCAUUCUAUACCAUAUAUACCAGGUUGUUUUCCAGUAUUUAGUUUUGGACCUACUUUGUCUAGUUGAAAUUUCGUAUUUUAGUUGAAUAUUGGUUGGUCGUAACCAGACUGCUUCUGAUAUGGAGUGGCCUAAUUCCUUCUCCAAAGCUUUGGAGAAGCGAUCUAUUUAUAGCUGAUUAUAGACCAUAGAUAUUGGUUUCUCCCUCAGUAAUUGAGCUACGCAUAACUUCUCGAAAUUGGUCAGCGGUUUCCCAUUCACAAUAAAGGAUUGUAGUUUCAAAAAAUUCAGUAUCCAAGAUCAUAAUUGAAUAUAAGGAAAUCUUGAAGUACUGGGCGAACGUAUACUUUGUUUCCAAUUGUGAAAACGAUAAGUUUAUUUUAACUAAGAAAAUAUAUAAAUUAUCUAACCCAAGUCCAAAAAUUUUAAAAUCGGGAAUCCUAAUCUUCAAAAACUUUAAUGGGAUAGCUUAAGAAACUGGAUGGCGGCUGCACAGAAGAUCCCUAUAUUUAUCCCAGUUAGACAUUGUCAAUCUAGUAGUUGGUAAAGAAUCAGAGGUUUUAAGUCUAUUCAUUGCCAAUCAUACUCAAGCCUCAAGACCAGGAAGCUUCUAAGUAUGUCCACUAUGGUAUAUUAGGUACUUGGUGAGCAUAUACUAUACUGGAUAAAAUCGCAAGUAUAUAGCAAGUAUAAUAGUAGGUAUGAGCAUUUGGAAGGUUCCUACCCCCCACGUGUCUUUCCCUGUAUAAUGUAUUUAUUGUUAUACGAGGGCAUCUACCAUUUCACACACUUUUUUUUUUUUUUUAAUAGAUUCUUGAAGUGAUUUAAAAAAUAAUCCAUUCCAAUUUUAACACCUCAUAUGUUAUGAUUAGAUCUCAUGGCUAGAGGUUUCAAGGCUUAUAUAUAUAAUAAGGGGGAAAGAGGACAACCCUGUCACAUCCUGGUUGUGAUUACAUACGUUCAGGCAAAAAACCUGCAUUAAAUACUUGAGCGGAUGAAUUGCUACAUAAUGCCUAAUAAAGAAAUUGUGGAGGAAAUGUAAAAAUUUUCAAACACACUAUGUAAAAAUUGCCAUUUCAAUAUGAUGCAUUAUAAAGGGUGUUUGGCUAUUUUUGCUUAAAAUUUGAAAUUCACUUAGAAUUACCAGCAAUUCUAACUUUAGUGAAUAACCUUGUUAAUGUAGCCUUUCAUUUGUUUGCAUUAGCUUUUUCAUUUCUUUUGCUCUGUCAGUGCCACACAAUUGUAAGCUCCAUCUUGUGUCCCGCCUGCUUUCUGAUUUUCAUAUGGUCAGUCUUGUGUGCUGUGACAUACUUUGGGACAUAGCAUUGCAUUUUUGUCAAAUUUUUAACUCACAAAUAGAUGAGCCGACUUGUUUCUCAAUAAGGGUCGGGCAGAAAAAAUAUUCAAACUCAUAGAAUGCAUGAAGUUUUAGUUUGGAGUUUGGAAUGUGACCAUUUUGAAAGCUUAUUAUAGAUAGUUAAGUGAAACAAAUCAUAUUAUAUCAUGUAAUGCUCGACUCCUCUUUUUACUUUUCUUUUUAGGUUCAAGGAAAAUCGAAAAGACGACAUCUGGCUUGUUGAUGUAAGUAUUUUAAAAUGCCUUACGUGCAAGAUUAUUCUUUGAAUUGAUAAUUCCCAGGAAUGAUUAUAAUUAUUAUUAUUUUAUUAUCUAUAUAGCUUCAGCAAAUUCCAUAGCGCUGUACAAUGGGUGGACUAACAGACACGACAAGUUGGAUGCAUAAGAACAGAGGGGCUGAGGGCCCUGCUCAAUGAUCUUACAUUAAUGCAAAGUAAAUUUCAAAUUCAAGUUCAAGAUAGUUGAACUGGAUUCAGUGCUGUCUUGGAGAUUAUUUUCAGUUCAGCUAUUUUGACCUUUGGCUUGAAAUUCACAUUGAACUUUUAACAUUUCUUGUCAGUGUGUCCUUUAUUUUUAUAUUCAGUGAUUGCUACCAGUAUUACAUGUUUGAAAUGUGUUUUUUUUUAUUGCAGUAAACCCAGUGGUUGACUCAAGGUGUAAUCUAAGAAGCCUAGCAUCUGCAUGUUGUUUCAGUUAUGAUGCCAGUAGGCUGCCGGCAACUUAUCCUGGUUCUGCGACAAUUUUGAGCAGUUUAACCAGUGCCUCGGUCACUGAGGCAUAUGUCAGUGCCCUCAUUAACUGAAUUGUUAAUACAGAAGUUAUACUUCCAAAUUGGCAAUUCCAAUUUUGUCCAUAUUUGGGCAACAUUGAUAAAUAGUACAUGUCCGCUGACAAACUUGACCCAUCACAAACAGCAGUGAUAGGCUGAACAUUUCAGCUGACAUGCUCUGCAAAUCAAUGAUGUCCAUUAUGGAUGUCCAUUAUGAAUGAAAUUGAUAUUGAACAACUUCUUACAAAUAUGCAAGUAGGACCUGGGCAGCAGGAAAGUGGAAACAUCCGGUUUUGGUCAUACUACUCAAACUGUUUGAUCCAGAAUCGUUGCCUAUAGCCAUUAGCCCCAUAAUCACUACAACUGCAUGUAGUGGUUAUAGUGAUUAAACACAACUCUGUCUAUCUUGACAGCCACGAGGCAUGCUUCUGCUGCAAUUACAUAGUUAGAUGCCGUUAUUCAAGCAGUGCUUGCCAUAGAGAGCAUGUGCACUAACCUCCCAGAGUUUUCCUAUUGGGAAGCAUUGCAUUGGCUGAGAUCAUCAAGAUUGAUAAUCUCGCCCAAGGAGGCAAAACAAGUGUACCAUAGGACAUAAGGUAAUCAAACCUUACAGUAUAAACCUUUUUUAAACCCUUACAUACAUGUUUGUAUUCCUAAUGCUCUAGUUCUCUUUUAACCCUUUUGUGUUAAUUACAGCAAAUAUUUUGAAUACAAGCAACAUAUGCAUUGUAUUGAUAUUAUGUGGUGCCUCAGAAAUACCAGAUAGCUUCUUUUUAUGGAACGGUACUAUAGUCUGUCUGAAAGUCUUCCAGUUAUCAUAUAUAGGGUCCUCAAUGGGCUCAAUCCUGAACCAAGACAACGUAAAAGUUGCAUUCAUCUGGCACUAUAAACUGGUGACACUACAAGAAGUGUUCUCGUGCCAUCAUUCCUGAUUUUGUUAUAUAUUUGUAAGAGAAAAUAAUUUAAGCUUAAACUGCUUGGCUAAACCGUUUUACUUAUAUGGCAAUGUGCUAUAGUUUAUGAUGUUCUCUGAACUCUGUUCCAGAUAUUUGCACUUGUUUGCUGAUGCACCAUUUAAUGCAAAUUAUGGAAAAUACAAAUGAUACCUUUUUAUCAGGAAUUAUUUCUACUUCUCAUGUACCAAUCUUAUGGAAUUUCCAACCAUAAAGGACAUAUUCUCACAGAAGGGUAGUUUUUAAUACAAUGCAAGUGGAAAUCAUUCUUUGGUCCAUCUUUAAAGUGAACCUGGCUUGACCGUUGACGUUAUAACCGCUCCUUACUAUAAAAUACAAUUGAUAUGCUUACUUUGUGAAUUGUUAUAUUUUUAUGUAUUUUCUAGCUUUCGUGAUAAUGUAUUAGAUGAAAUUUUAAUGCUAUAUAAUAUAAGGCUUCUCGAGGGCUGCACCGUUCCUGUGGAACUCGCUUCCCUCCUCCGUUAGAUGCUCACCCAGUCUCCACUUCUUCAAAAAAUCGUUAAAAACCCACUUCUUCAUAAAAGCGUAUGAAUUAAACUGUUAAUAGCUCCUGACUGAUUCCUCUUCUGCAACUGUCACUAGUCUAAUACUAUCCUUACCUUUUUGUGUCAUUUUACCCCACUCCCUCUAGCAUGUAGGCUCAUUGAGCAGGGCCCUCAAACCCUCUGUUCCUGUGUGUCCAACUUGUCUGAUUACAACUACAUGUCUGUUCGUCCACCCAUUGUAAAGCGCUGCAGAAUUUGACGGCGCUCUAUACAUAGAAACACAGAAUGUGACGGCAGAUAAGAACCAUUCGGCCCAUCUAGUCUGCCCAAUUUUCUAAAUACUUUCAUUAGUCCCUGGCCUUAUCUUAUAGUUAGGAUAGCCUUAUGCCUAUCCCAUGCAUGCUUAAACUCCUUACUGUGUUAACCUCUACCACUUCAGCUGGAAGGCUAUUCCAUGCAUCCACUACCCUCUCAGUAAAGUAAUACUUCCUGAUAUUAUUUUUAAACCUUUGUCCCUCUAAUUUAAGACUAUGUCCUCUUGUUGUGGUAGUUUUUCUUCUUUUAAAUAUAGUCUCCUCCUUUACUGUGUUGAUUCCCUUUAUAUAUUUAAAUGUUUCUGUCAUAUCCCCCCUGUCUCGUCUUUCCUCCAAGCUAUACAUGUUAAGAUCCUUUAACCUUUCCUGGUAAGUGUUAUCCCGCAAUCCAUGAACCAGUUUAGUAGCCCUUAUCUGAACCCUCUCUAAGGUAUCAAUAUCCUUCUGAAGAUACGGUCUCCAGUACUGUGUACAAUACUCCAAGUGAGGUCUCACCAGUGUUCUGUACAAUGGCAUGAGCACUUCCCUCUUUCUACUGCUAAUACCUCUCCCUAUACAACCAACCAUUCUGCUAGCAUUUCCUUCUGCUCUAUUACAUUGUCUGCCUACCUUUAAGUCAUCAGAAAUAAUCACCCCUAAAUCCCUUUCCUCAUAUGUUGAGGUUAGAACUCUAUCAAAUAUUCUGUACUCUGCCCUUGGGUUUUUACGUCCAAGAUGCAUUAUCUUGCACUUAUCCACAUUAAAAUGUCAGUUGCCACAAUUCUGACCAUUUUUCUAGUUUACCUAAAUCAUUUGUCAUUUGGCUUAUCCCUCCUGGAACAUCAACCCUGUUACAUAUCUUAGUAUCAUCAGCAAAAAGACAUACCUUACCAUCAAGACUUUCUGCAAUAUCACUAAUAAAAAUAUUACAUAUAAUAAUAAUAAUAAUAAUAAGGCAAGUUGUGUGUACCAUGACUGGUAGACAUUUAAUAUAUUGUAUUAUUCACUACAGUAAAUUGGAUAGUAUGUGUAAACACAAGAAACCAAUACAUUUAGCCUUUUGCACUGUGAUUUUUGUACAAAUCGUUCACUUUCAGACUAUCUUUCUAUAGACUAAAUCUUUACAACCAGCUUUAAAUCACAACUUACAAACAAGAUACUUAUUGGUAUUAUAUACACUCCAGACUUAGUCGGAGUCUACAACAGAUUUUCAGAUACCAAAAAUCUCUGUUGGCAGGUUACUGAAAGGGACAAUAUAGUCACCAGAACAACUACAGCUUAAUGUAGUUCUGGUGAGUAUAAUAGCUCCCUUCAGGCAUUUUCAUGUAAACACUGCCUUUUCAUAGGGACACCUCCAAGUGGACACUCCUUAGAUGGCCGCUGGAGGGGCUUCCUGGCUCAGGGCUGCACAGUAAGUAUCCCUGCCGUUCAGCAUUCCCAUGCUCUGCAUGGUGACGCUGUAUUUUCCCCAUAGAAAUGCAUUGAUUCAGUGCAUCUCUAUGAGGAGGUCCUGAUUGGCCAAAAUAGUAUUUGGCCCCGCCCAGUGCUGAUUUUAGCCAAUCCAAUGCUUUCCCAAUGGGAAAGCAUUGGGUUGGCUAAAAAUCUGCCGUUUUGAUGGUCACAAAGGGGGCGAUGCCAGUGCCUGCGGACCUAUGUGGCGCUGGAAAUAAGUUUUUAAACUUUUAUAAGGAAUACAUGUUUGUGUUUCUGAACCUAUAGUGAUCCUUUUAAAGUAGUAAGCUAAACACCAUAACCACUGCAGUGUACCAUAGUGGUUAUGGUUAUCAGUAUUUAUUUCCUUUAUUCGUCUGUAUGCUAAGUAACUGUAUGUUUACUCUAUGUAACAGUUUUAUGCACCAUGGUGUGGUCAUUGCAAGAAACUCGAGCCUGUUUGGAACGAUGUUGGUACUGAAAUGAGAACUAGUGGCUCACCCGUGAGAGUGGGAAAGAUGGAUGCUACUGUACAUUCUGGUAAGUGCUGCCCAUUAACAUUUAUGUCUGGGGGAAAUCCUUCAACAACUAAAUUUGUUCUGCAUCUGCCUCUUAUAGAUGUUUUUUAUGUAAACACAUGCCUAAAAUAUGAUGUUCCUUGAUGUCUGUGCACAUUGUAUAUGUUUUUGGAAUGAUUUGUUUCUCUCGGGCCAUAAACCAGACAUUUAGGAGGAUUUCUUUCCUUUCAGCAUUCACAAAUGCCCCCUACCUACCAUUGCUUCUCUAUGACAAGCUUUGAGUUGGUCGGGAAAUCAUAACUAGUGAUGAUCAUUGGAGACAGAGAAACCUUCCAACGUUUGAAUUGAUUGGUUUUUGUUUCUUUGAUUGGAGAUUUUCUUUAAAGGACCACUAUAGUGACAGGAAAACAAACUAGUUUUCCUGGCACUAUAGGGUCUUUAGGUCCCCUCACGCCGGGCUCUAGGGUGCUGAAGGGGUUGAUCACUUACCUUUCUCCAGCGCCGGGCUCCCUCGGCACUGGGGAACUUUCCUCCCUGUUUUGACGUCGGCACUGAAUGCGCAUGCAUGGCCAGAGCCCUGCGCGCAUUCAAUCAGUCCCUAGGACAUUUCUCAAUGCUUUCCUAUGGACGUCAGCAUCUUCUCACUGUGAUUUUCACAGUGAGAAGCGCGGAAGCGCCUCUAGAAGCUGUCAGUGAGACAGCCACUAGAGGCUGGAUUAACCCUAAUGUAAACAUAGCAGUUUCUCUGAAACUGCUAUGUUUACAGCUGCAGGGUUAACUCUAGAUGGACCUGGCACCCAGACCACUUUAUUGAGCUGAAGUGGUCUGGGUGCCUAUAGUGGUCCUUUAAGGAUAACCUUUUGCUAAAUCAAAACCUUCAAUCUAUGCAGUAUGCAACAAACCUGUGCCAGAUAUAUAAAAUGUAUAGAUUUUUUUUGUGUUGCAAUGUAGCCUUACUAAAGAGGUUUAUAGAUUUGCAUAGACUUGUUGACAUACCUACAGUAUGUUACUGAAAUAUAGAGACAAGAACCAGUGAAUGGAUGUUUUUCUGGGUGAUUAAAAAGAAAACUAGUUUCCUAAACAUCUAUUUUUUUCCUUCUGCUGUGAAAGUGUAAAGCCCAGCAAGAAAGUUUUUUAAUAUUUAAAGGGAAAAAUAAAACCAAAGGCCUGUUUGUCAUUAAGUUACCGUAGCAUAUCUUAAAUUUACAUUGUGACAAACUGGCCUACAAUGAAGCUUAGAAUACAACUUAAAAAAUGGAUGGGAUGGAGUAUUAGCUUUUCCUGUGUGUCCUGUGACAAGAACAAAGAACCCCUGGGGAUAAUUAGCUCAACCUAAUUCACAUCUCUCAGUCAAGUCUCAGGUCUCCCAUUUCACAUUGGACAAGUGUUGUGUGCUGUGGUAUUUAAGAGAACCUGGGAACUCCAGAUUAAAAAAGUGAUUCAACAAGUUGCCAUCAAGAAAGGUGUUGUCUUGUCUCUUUCUGAGGUCUUGGUAUCCAUGCAAGUUCAAGUCAUGCUGACCCACUAAGAAACCAUAUUAAUUGAAGUGUAACAAGGUAGUUAGUAUUAACAUACUAACUAGCCGGAACAUACAACCACAGUAUGUCCUGGGUUGUCUGUGAGUCUGCUACCAAGCAAAUGUAACCUUAGGUUUUGCUGAUGAUACCAAGAUAUGUAACAGGGUUGAUGUCCCAGAAGGGAUAGACCAAACGGUAAAUGAUUUAGGUAAACUAGAAAAAGUCAGAGGUGUGGCAGCUGACUUUUAAUGUGGAUAAGUGCAAGGUAAUGCAUCUUGGACGUAAAAACCCAAGGGCAGAGUACAGAAUAUUUGAUAGAGUCCUAACCUCAACAUCUGAGGAAAGGAAUUUAGGGGUAAUUAUUUCAGAUGACUUAUAGGUAGGCAAACAAUGUAAUAGAGCAUAUAUAUAUGAAGGGUACUCUGGACAUCAAGUGGAAAAGAAAUACAUUACUAAUGGAUAAACCCAUUCCAGCAACCCCCACGGAUAACUACAAAACGUUUACAAAACUAUUGGCCUACUCUGUUACAGGACCUUAUUCUUGGUCCUACUUUAUCCUCCAAACCGACAGUUAUUUAAAAAAAAAAAAAAAUAGAAAUGUCAAAAAUAUGUUGGCUCCCAGCUACUCCCUGAAAUACAUAUUCAAAAUGGUAACCCUACCCAUCCAGGAAUUUUUAGAGGUUGUUGCUCAUGUAAAGCCUGUAAUACAGUAUCAAUUGAUAGGAUCAGAACUUUUUCAAGUUUCAUAACAGGUGAUGUGUUUCAUAUCAAAUCGGAGAUCAAUUGACACACGAACUAUGUAUUUGCUGCAAUGUCCGUGUGGCAAACAGUACAUAGGGCGUACAAAAAGAACCUUUAAAAUAAGGAUACUUUAACAUCUCAACAACAUUAAAAAGAAUCUUAGGACCCACUCUGUUCCAAUUCCUUGCAACUCCUGCCCCCUUUAUUCAUUCAAAAAUUUCCGUUGUGCAGGGAUUGAAAGAGUCCUACCACACUGGCGUGGAGGGGAUAGACUUAACAAGUUAGCACGACGUGAAACCUUUUGGAUUCACAAACUUCAAACCCUCGAAUCUAAAGGGCUCAAUGCGGUCAUAGAUUUGGGUUGUUUUUUGACCGGACAAACUGUUUAAUGUCUGUAUAUUUCAAACUUGACCCUCUUUAGUCAGGGUUUAUCUCCUUUGAUUCAUUUUUAUACUUUGAUACAGCAGAUAUUUACUCAAACAUUCGUCUUCUCUUUGAAUAAACAUUAAAUGUUCAAAUAUCCUUUUGGAUUAAAUCUUUAAUAUGUCUUUUCUCAAGAUAAGUACUAUAUGUUUCAAAUCUCUAGAUAUCUAUUUUGGACCUAAAUUGUCACAUUUAACUCAUUUCUAAACAACUGGUAUGUGUGCUAAACUCCCUUUACAGAGAACUUGUUAUAAUUUUUGUGGAAUAUAAUAUUAAUACAUCAUAACUUGUUUCCAUUCAUAUCUCUAGUGUGUGUCACUUAUUCUAAUAAUGAAUUCUACUUUUACACAAAAUGGAUAUUACACUUUUAAAUUUUUUUUUAUUGUUGACAGAAUGAAAUUACAUAGUUGCGUUAUUACAAUAUUUUAGACAUUGUACCGUACACCAAAAGAUACAGAUCGGAAGCGGGAGUCCUGUACAGUUUUGCACUGUAAAAGGUUUGUUUCCCUUUUUCCCCCCAUUCUGUUUUCCCACCUCCCCACUCCCUUCCAGUUUACUUUAUUACUUUGCUUUGUUUUGUCUUGCGUUAGGGUGUGUGUGUGUGUGUGUGUCCCAAGGCGUGGUUUUGUGAGUUACGUAGGAUAGUGAGGUAUAACUUUGAGACUCGCAGGUCUCUGCGUUCCAAAUGUGUAUGCGGAUCUACAGCGUGCUGUGUGUGUAGGUUGAUAGGGGGUCUAAAUGCGGUUCGUGUGGGACAAGUUUUAUGUCCAAGUUCGUCGCGGUAGGUAUGCGUUGCCAAGCGGAUGCGUUGGCGGACAUCGGGCCGUGCGUAUGGCUUGUAUAAAGUUUAGCUGGGCCUUCCCACUGGUCCGUUUUGUGAGCGUGGUGGUUAGGUGUUGUGUUGAGGAAUGGUUUGUGUGAUAUGUGUCCCUGUUUCUAGUACGCUAUCUUAUAUGGCUAUGGAUGUUGUCAUCACUUCUUGCAGCAGAGCCUACAGUUCGCGUGAUUUCCCGUACGUGAUUCCUUAGUUGCGUCAGUGAUGUGUGUAUCAGUGACCUCGUAGUAUGCGUUUGGAGUGGGUUUAAGAGGUUGCGUGUCUUUUGCGUUGUAUGAGCGUAAGCUCUCCUCUCUACACUUUUCGGUGCUGGAAUGUGUAACAAGGCAUGGUAUGACUCGUGUUUCCCGAGGGGGUCCGAACAUUCCUCAGAUCCCGUCAGAGUGUUCAUCUUUUUAGGAUUUCAGAGGUCAAUAGUUCUUUUGCGUGGUGAUGCAUCUCUCCGAUCCCGUCUCCCCGGGCCCGGGGUCCGUCCAAUGAAAUAGAAGAGAAGAAAGAAAAAAAAAAGGGAGGGGAAGAGGAGGGGGAGGGAAGAGGAGGGCUUACGGGUGGGGUGGACUGUUUCUGGUGGAAUCUGCAUCUGAUGUUGCCCCGUCAGUGGGUUCGGGGGCGUCACCUGCUUGUCUGUAGCGGGUGAUGUAGAGAAACCAUUGGAGCCACAGUUCUGUGUGUUUCGUUGCACGACCCGUCAGGGAGGCGUGUAUUUCUUCUGCUCCGUGGAUGUCUUCUACUCUGCGGAUCCAUUCUUUCUUAGUUGGUACAUCGCUUUUCUUCCAGUGUGCCGGUAUGUUAGCUUUGGCCGCGUUUAGUAAGUGACGUAAUAUAGAUCUUUUAUACGUCCGAAUCGAUUGUGUCGUUAUGUGUAGGAGGGCUAGUUCCGCGCUCCAUUCCGGGAUAUCGCCCAGAAUGUCAGUCACAGUGUCCUUAAUCAUUGCCCAGUAUGGGGUAAUGUCUCUGCAUUCCCACCAUAUAUGUAUCAAAGUGCUGCGUUCUGCCUGGCAUCUCCAACAAGUCGGGGUGGUUGAUGGGAAGAUCUGGUGUAGGAGGGAUGGCGUUCUGUACCAGAGGGAGAGCAGCUUGUAAUUUACCUCUUGGUAGUAUGAGCUCAUAGAGCUUUUUUGCUGCCAUAGUAAUGCCGAAUCCCAUUGUGAGGGUGUGAGCGUCUUUCUAAGUUGUCCUUCCCAUUGGCGGCGGAAGGUGGAAGCCUGGGUUGUGCCUCCGAUAAGUAGGUGUUGGUAGAGUGCUGCUAUGGCAUGGUCUAGUGUGGUGCCACUGUCACAGAGGCCCUCAAACCAGGUGAGGUCUCUGUGCAAGCGGUCUUUAUGUGGCAUUGUGUCAUGGUAGUGUUUUAACUGUAGAUAUCUAAGCACCAUGAGGGGGGUCCUUGGAUCGUCACCUAAUAAUGCAGUUAGGUCCCGGACUCUGCCACCGUCGAGGGCUUUGUGAAUGGGGAUGUAGUCCCUCUCACUCGGGAUGGGCCAUGCACCAGGUGGGAGGCCACCUCCCAAGGCCACGUUAUGAGUGAGUGGAAUCAUCGGGCUAGGGGUGGGCGAUAUAUAGCUCUGGUCUCUCAGCGAUCUCCAACCGGUGAUUGAUUGUGUUAUCAGCCCCUCAUUGUUUUGGGCCGCCGGGCCUCUCGUCGUCCCCCAUAUCCUCAUUUCCAGUGUUGGUCCGAUAAGGCCUUUAUCGAGCUCUACCCAUUGUUUCGUUGUGGGUUCCUGGUGCCAAUCCAGUAUCCGUUGCAUUACCGUGGCUUGGUGAUAUUUCUUGAUGUCUGGUAGAGCUAGUCCACCAUGGUUCCUUGGGCGGCAGAGUAUGUCAUGUCGAAUUCGCGAGCGUUCCCCUCGCCACACAAAUUUAAUUAUCGCCGUUUUCAGGGCGGAGAAGAAGGUCCCUGGGAUGGCUAGUGGGAUUGUUUGCAUGAGCUAUAGGAUUCUCGGCAGUAUGUUCAUCUUGAGGAUCGCAACUCUUCCAUGCCAGGUUACAUGCGGGUACGACCAUCUAGCCAAGUCCGCUAAAAUUUUUCAGGAGGGGAACGAAGUUGAGUCGGUAUAUGUCUUCUGGGUCUGUGGUCACCCAGAUACUUCAUCCGUCCGUAGCACCAAUGAAAAGCGAAUUGCGAGUCCAGGGAUAUGUAUUCUUCUGUGGGGAUCGUGAUGUUCAGGACCUCACAUUUUGAGAGAUUGAGUUUAAAGCCCGAGAUUUUCCCGAAUUUGUCGAAUUCGGAGAGGAGGCACGGCAGAGUUGUUCUAGGGUUCUGUACAAAGAAUAGGAGGUCAUCCGCAUAUGCGGCCACUUUAUGGUUUGUUCCUUGCCAGCUGUAUCCUUGAAUGUUUGGGUUUAGGCGUAUCUUCUGGAGCAGUGGUUCCAGGGUCAUAGCGAACAGGAGUGGUGAUAGUGGGCAACCUUGACGGGUACCAUUGUUGAUUGUGAAGUCUGCUGUCGUGGCCCCGUUGACUCUCACGUUUGCAUGCGGUUUGCUGUAGAAAGCGGAUACCCAUGCGAGUAGUCUCUGUCCGCAUCCCGUGUGUUGUAGGGUGGUCAUCAUGUACGACCAGUCGACCCUGUCAAAUGCUUUUUCCGCAUCCGUAGAUAAUAAUAGCAUCUUAGUUUUUGUCUUCCUUGCGUGUUGUUGGAUUGAGAACAGUCGUAAUGUGCUAUCUCUGGCCUCUCUGCCCGGGAUGAAGCCUGUCUGGUCCGCGUGUAUCAAUUCUGGAAGGGAGUUGUUGAGCCUGCUCGCUAUGGCUUUCGUGAUUAAUUUGGCGUCUACAUUAAGCAACGAUAUGGGACGAUGGCUACCGCAAAGCAAUGGAUCCUUUCCUGGCUUGAGCAGGACCGUGAUGGUCGCAGCCAAGGAUUCCGUGCCCAGGUGUCCUCCGUCCCCCACCGCGUUGAUUGCUUUAGUUAGCCAUGGUAUCAGGAGGUCAGGGAAGCUCUUAUAAUAUCCAGUUGAAAAACCAUCUGGUCGCGGUGCCUUGCCUGAUUUGGACGCUUUCAGUGCCGCUGCAAGCUCCUCUGUGCUGAUUGGUGUGUCGAGUGCCGACGCUGAUUCUUGGUCAAUCGUUUUGAUGAUCGUGUCAGAGAGGUAGUCUCUUAUCUGAGCGGUUCUUCUUUUGUCGCUCGUUGUCCUCGUGGGUGGGCUUAGGUUGUAAAGUGUUUCGUAGUAGGUCCUAAACUCAUCGGCGAAUUUUUUAUUUUGUAUUUUUUUUUUUUUGUGGAUAGGGGGUCACUUCUCCCGAGGAGAGACGGAGUUUGCAUAUUUGUCUACGGGGCGUAGGGCCUUUUAAUAAUCUAGCCAGGUAUUUCCCCCCUUUAUUGGUGUGUGCGUAGUAAAAACCUUUCAUGCGUUGUAGAUUUCGGAGAUGCUUUUUUAUGAUGAGUCCUUUAAGUGCCCUUCUGUGUUCCAUCAGUUCCCCGUAUAUUUCGUGUAGUUGGGAUCUUUUGUGCUGAUUUUCCAGCUUCGAUAUCUUUUGGUAUUGGUUAGUCAUCUCGAUCAUAUUCGCUUUCCGUUUUUGCGAGGCAAUGCGGAUGAGUGCUCCGCGAACGACGCUCUUAUGUGCUUCCCAUAUGGUUAUCGGGGAGACCUCUGGUGUGUCAUUGUCUCUGAAGUAGUGUUCUAGCUCUCUGGUUAUUUGUUCUCUGGUAGUCGGAUCAAGUAGGAGAGCCUCGUUAAGUCUCCACGUCCACGUCGUUGGGCGAAACAUGGGGGACUCCAUCUCUAGUCUGACCGAGCCAUGGUCUGACCAUGUAGACGGGUCGAUGUCCGCUUUGAGUAAGCGAGCGAGUCCCUCCUGCGUGAUGAAGAGGUAGUCUAUGCGAGAGUAGCGGUUGUGAAGAGCGGAGUAGUAAGUAUAAUCUUUCACCGUUGGGUUGAGUGUUCUCCAGCCAUCCACCAGUCUCAGGUCGAUUUUCGGAUCAACCGGAUGUUGCUUUGUGAAAUACUACUAUGUCCCGACGAUGAGUCCAAGAUUUGGUCCAAAGGUACGUUAAAAUCCCCCCCCUACGAUUAAUAUGCUAUCCGUGAAUUCUUCUAGUAUGUGCAGCGUGUUUCGGAGGAAGGGUACUUGUCUUCCGUUGGGAACGUAGAUGUUUGCCAGGGUGUAUAUCCUGUCGGCUAUGAUCCCCUUUAAGAAGAGAUACCGUCCGUGUGAAUCUUGUGUUCUCUCAAGUUCUUUGAAUUCAAGCUCGGCUGCUAAUAUUAUGGCUGUACCCGCUUUGUGUGACGUCGAAUGAUUAGAGAAAUAGUUGUUCGGGUAGUGUUUAUUUUGUAGCUUAGGUGCCGUGCCUUCUUUGAAGUGGGUUUCCUGGAUCAUGGCCACUGCUAUAUGCUUUUGUUUCAGCUCCCUCAGCAGAUGGGUUCUGCGUUCAGGGAUGUUGAGGCCUCUGCAGUUCUGGGUGAGAAUCCUCAGAGGUGUGUUUCGGUAGGCCAUUCUCGUGGUAUAGACUGAGUGUUCCCUUAAGUCCGAAUUGUAUGAGAAAGGGGAAAGGAAGGAACGAAAAAAAACCCCCAAAAAACGUGGGGGGGUGGGGGGGAAGGAGUGAAGGGGUAGUACUUUAGUUUUCAAAGACUGUAUUCCAAGCCCGGGGCACCGUGGAUUGGGACCAGUCAAGACCUGUUGUGGUGAUAGAAAGAAGUGUGCCCGGGUUGUGGUUUUAGUAUAUGAAUCGGGUGAACCCGGGUUUAGUUCCCUUAUGGGGAGACAAAGAUUAUAGAUCUCGUGCUGCAGACAGCACUAGUGGGGCCUCGCCUCGGUACCCGCCCGGGGGUCGAGAGCGCCUUUAGCCUGUCUGCACUACUCUUAGCACGAGUAAGUGUGUUGGGAAACGCGAGUCAGGCUCCGCCCAAGGAUGUAAUCAACUCAAGAGUGGGAUCGUCCACCCCACCGGACCCUCUUUGGGUAGUGUCGUGCAAGGCUAAUUCUCCUGUGUUUGUGGGACGUGCCUUGUGGUUUCGAUUAUGUAUCUCUAUGGCCGAGGCAAUGUCCCCGGCAUCGUUGGUUUCAAUAUCCCCCCCCCCUCGCCCCAGUGUCCCUUGCCUCGUCUACAUGCCCCCUGGGAUGGUGAGCUCCCCUCCGUGCCCGAGGUGGUCUCUACCUUCUGCUCCUGGAAGCAGUGUGUUCUACUCUGUAGUGUGGUGUAUCGGGGUGGGUGUGCGUGGUGGUUUUACCAGUGACGACGCUAGUGUUAAAACUUAGGCCAAAUAUGUGUAUUCAGUUGUUGUUGUUGGCCUUCACUAUCUGUCUUCUCGAUGGUAGGUGAUUAUCCACACCCCUGGGAGGUUUCUGUCGGUCUCUCUCUAACUUAAUGUCUGACCAUUAAAGGGGGGUACAUAGCGAGGGGUGUAUCCAUGGCAUAUGUACAUGAUGUGGACAACAAUAACAUAGCAUAACAUAACAAGUUUCAACAUUUCAACAUUGCUUUAUCGACAUCACCCGAUAUCCCCCAUAUGACCCCUUGACCGUCAACAGCUGCCCAGCCUCAAUGUGAGUCCCCAGUGUUCCCCACUUGUCUUCCGUCAUGCGUGGAGUGGGGGGGGCGGCCCCCCAAGUGUUGAGUUGUGGGGUGUCCCGGGUCAGUGGCCCUCGUCACCUUGUGUUUCCCUCUACGUGUAGCCGUAAGGGCCCCUUUGAUCAGUGUGGUAGUAUACGAUAAUUGGCGGUACCGGUCGUACGUCGGCAAGUCGUGUGUGGUGAGGCGUGUCGUCUUGCACUCCUUACUCACCUGUCAACCCCCUCCCCCUGGUCACAGUCAUAGCUUAUGAUUUGUCGUAGGGGUAGGUGCUAUUUAUAUUGUUCAAUGUGCUUCCUCUUCCAAAGUCCACAUGCCCGGUAAUAUGCUUGUAAACAUUACGCCUUCAUUCGGCAUCAUGAGUGUUGGGGAUCCAGGGAAGAGGAUUAGUGCCCAGUUCGCCACGGUAUUCAUCUCUACCCGAACCCGGAGCACCCCCACCCCAAACAUAUGUACCCAGGCCUCCGUGAAGAGGUGGCAGUCAUUACACUGAGGGGAGAGGGGUAGUCCUGAGAGGUGCAUCUUGGUGAAAGUAUGGUCUCCCAGGGUAGACCCGUGUUCCCAUGGGCUCCCCACCCAAAGUCCCUUGUGUACAGUCCCGGCAUACCUGCAAGUGUCCCAGUCUAACUUAGCAGCACUGAUCAGUCAACAGAGAUCGAUGUCAUUUUCUUUGGAGGGUUGUUUCUAGGUGCAUGGUAGGAGGUCACAUGACUCAGGUUGCUGAAAGGCUGAUGACGGAGCAGGCGGGUCUGCACUCACUCCUCCGGGGAAGUCGGGUUCCUGCGCCGUCUGGCAGGCUGAGCAGAGGGGGACCGUGUUCCUCUCCGUCUGGUCCCUCUUUGCGGUCGCUGAGUUGGGGCUGACGUUCCCAAUAUCCAGUUGGGGACCGCCGGUGCUGGAAGGCCUAGUUCUUCCAUGAAUCGCGGUACUUCUUCGGGCCAGCGUAAUGAGAUCCAGCCAUUUUGGUGCCUGGCCAUCAAUGCGAAUGGGAACCCCCAUUUAUAGGUGAUGUCUCGUUCCCGUAAUGCGGUCGUCACGGGGCGGAGGGCUCGCCGAGCCUCUAGCGUGAUUGGGGAUAAAUCGUUGUAUAAUGCCACUUGGGUGCCCCUGUAGGGCCAAGUUGGCCUUUCGCGGGCCUUUCUCAUAAUAGUGUCUUUGACUGGAAAGGAAUGUAAGCAGCAUAUUAGAUCUCUCGGGCCAUCCUCCAGGGUCCUGGGCCGUGUUGUUCUGUGUGCCCUUUCAAACUCUAUGUGCUGUGGUGAGGUUGGUUGCAAGAUGGACUGGAAAAGUUCAGUAAGUAUUUCCACCACGUCUUCUGUUGGUCCUUCAGCCUCUGGGAUGCCCCUAAUGCGGAUAUUGCACCUCCGACCCCUGUUAUCUAGGUCCUCAAGGUGUCUUCUCAUAGAGAGGAGCAUUGUUCCCUGGCGGGCUAUUGCAGUGUCUGCAGUUGCCACACGUGUUGUAAGGGCCUCAGUGGCCUCUUCUUGCAGUGAAAUGCGGCCUGCGUGCGCGGUCACCUCAGAUCUGAUCCCUGCCAUCUCUGCUCUGAGGGUAUCUUGUAUUGUGGUGGUGAGGGAUUUGAGGUCGUCUUUCGUGGCCAUGGAGGCCGUGAGACUGCGCAGCCUAUCCUCGAUUCUAUCGAGAGCUGUGCUCUCCGUCCCUGACGGGGAUGUCGGCGCCAUCUUGGGGCCUUCCGGUUCCCCGCUUGCGCCGGGUUGUGGGUGCAGGAAUCCGUCCAGGGGGCCCUGUUGGAGGUUCUUUGGGGUCUGGGGUUGCUCCGGUCGUUUAUUACGACCCAUUUGGCUGUUGGUUGCAUGCUUUAGGGGCUAUUACAGGGUCCGGUGGAGCGGAGCUCUCCUUCUAAGCGUCCAUCUUGGUUCGCGCCGAAACCACGCCCCCUACACUUUUAAAUUUCACCUAUUUCUCUAAUUCUGUGGCUCUUUAUAAUCACAAGUUUCACUUUAAAUCCUAAUAAUGAAUAAUGGAAAUCUUCACAGAAUUGCUCUUUGAAAUAAUUAACUUUGCCAUAUGAAAAUGUUAUAUUUUUUAACUUCAUUUAUAUACUCUCUAUAGGAAUACAAUGUCAAAGCUUUAUAAUAUGUAGUUUUCAUACUAAUUCCCGUUUCCUUUUUUCAGUAGAUUAUAACUGCUUUUUUUCCUCUCAUAAGUAUGUUAUAUAUAUUACUGUGCUGGACGUUUAUUAGAGGGCAAUAUGCCUCAUUAACUUAUCCUCGUCCCAUUGGAACGCAUAACGUGAUGAAACGCGGAAGUAAAAGCCUUUCGGUCCCGCUGGAACGGAUGGUCCAAUGGAACACGGAAUUGGAGGACUUCCGAUUUUCGGCACGAAACAAGGGUACCAAAUUCAAACGGGAAAAAGACCAGAUGGAACUACAUACCUGAGAAGCACUACCUGUGCACCUAUAGACGGAAAGAUGACAACACCCACUGAUCCACCAAUCAACUGAGGGAUUAGCCCUAUAUAUAGAGACUCUAAAAAGGGGGUAUUAGAUUACUUGUUUCAUUUUUGUUUUUAUUGCUGUUGGAAUAUAAUUGCCAUUGGUCCCUGAGGAAACUCCAUUGUUAGGCAAAACGCGUAGGACCUCUAGUCCUUUCUAUAUUUUAUGCUGGUGGUUGUUAUCCACCUUUUUAAAAAUACAUUUUGAUACUCUUUAUCUCAAUUCCAUCGUUUGGAGUCCUGAUUUGACAUCUCACUUUCUGGAGUGGACAUGUGGACUACAUAGCCACCCAUCUACAUCGGGGAGGCACCUUUGAGCGCUUUCAUACGUCUUUAUCCUGUGAGUGUACACCAUUUUGGCACACUACAUUCAUAGUUUACUAUAUUAUACUAUAUGUUUUUUUUAUAUUCCUUAUUUUAGAUAUUGCACAGCCGUAUCCCACAUUUCCUUUUUUUUUUUUUUUUUUGUUGCUAUAUACUACUAUAAGGACGUUUGUGGGUUAAUUUUAAACCGGUAUAGAAUUUUUGGUAAGGUGACGAUUUUGAUGUUCACUCUGCCUGCCCACCAAAGUCCAUGAGUGUAGUUCACUCCUGGGAUGUGGUAUAUUAAUCGGCAUGGCUUAAGUUUUGGAUUAACUGAAUAUAUAGUAUGAUUUUCUUGAUAGUAGUGUUAGUCGGUUUGGCGUUGAAUCUUAAGGUUUUGUUAGUUACUUUUACAUCAUCGCCAAACCUUGAAAACAGAUACUACUUAUAACUCCUGAUAUUUUUGGAAGUGCUCUCAUUGUGCCAGCUAAGGGUUCUACUAACAACACAAACACUAGGGGGAGCAGGGAGUAGCGUGUCGAGUACCAUUAGUAACUGUAAAGGUGUCAGAUGAAAAACCUGCAAGGUACUCUGUAACAAAUGGCUACAAGCUGUUUUUAAAAAAGCGGGAUACGUUGCCGGAGGGGUAGAUCUUUGGAGCUCCCCAACCAACACAUUGCAAUGGACAAAGCCAAGUGAGAAAUUGUUGGAAAAUUUGGGGUAGCUAGAGUUUUCUCACAGAACACUGGAUGGUUAGGAGAGAUUUCAUGGUUUCUUUUUGUUGGCCAAUACCCUCUGAAAAAGCCUUUUCCCAUUAACCAGUCAGAGGCAUAAGUAGAGGAAGUAUAGGAUCACUUCUUGAUUGCGAUAGAGAGCAAAACAGUCCAAACUCAUGCUGAUUCACAGAGCUUGAAAUGUUGCAUAUAUAUGUUAUCAGUUACAAAUUCGUCAUGCAGUGUUCUCUGAUCCUCAAGUCAACCAAAGUUGUGCUUUGAACCUUUCUAUUAAUCGUAUUCUAUAUGCUGAGUGGAAUUUACCAACUGUUUACUUGAUAAGAUUCCUGGGAAAUUAACAGACUUUUGAGUGCUGUAUACAUGGAAAUUGUUAGACAUGCAAGUGAUAGUCAGUCUUGCAUGUGUGCUCCCUAGCUUGUAGUUGCCAUUUGAUUUCUGUUGUAUUUUGAUAUUCACUUAUAUAACCACAUUCCCCACAACUGUUCAAUGUCUCAAAAGCCAGUCUUCACCUAGCUAAAAUGUUUCCAGUAUUUGCUUAUAUUUUUUCAUAUUUCCUUGCAAAGCAGAAAUACCAUUUCAUUGUUUUUACAGGUCACUCUUAUUUUACUGUGUGUGCAGUGUUCUAUUUAUUUAUUUUGGUGCUGAUCACAGAAUUAAACUUUUUGCAUUUGUUUUUUGUAUAUUUUGAAGUGAAACUGUAAUGAAAAAAAUUACUUCAUAAAUCACCCACCUCCAACUCAUCCUCCAUUUCUCCACUGGUCUUCUGUGAUUUGCCUUGUUUGGACAUGCUUCCCUGAGCAGGACAAACCUCCUGUGUGACGCUUAAACACUGGCUCUGUUGCCAGUAUGCCAACGUCUGAAUCAAGCAACAACAGUCACACAAUUUCUAUACUCCCUAGCCAGUGCUAGCAGCACCAUUAUUUUAAAUAUAGGCUGUGUGAGUAACAGCUUUAGCAGGUGGGAGGUGUGCGUUAACAGAAACAAAAGUGAUACAUUUCCUAGAGAUUUGAACAAUGAGACUGCGGGGACAUGAUCUAGACACCAAAACUGGUUAGUUACGGGACAUUAUAGUCACCAAAAAAAGUUUAGCUUAAUGAAGCAGUUUUUUUGUGUGUGUGUGUGUGUGUGUGUAUAUGUAUAUGUGUAUAUGUGUAUAUAUAUAUAUGUAUAUAUAUAUAUAUAUAUAUAUAUAUUAAAGGACCACUAUAGUGCCAGGAAAACAAACUCCGGGCUCCCUCGUGCAUUACUCAAUGCUUUCCUAUGGACAUCAGUGAGAAUCGCGGAAGCCGCCUCUAGUGGCUGUCAGACAGCCACUAGAGGCUUUAUUAACCCAGUGUAAACAUAGUAGUUUCUCUGAAACUGCUAUGUUUUCAGCUGUAGGGUUAAAACUAGAGGGACCUGGCACCCAGACCACUUCAUUGAGCUGAAGUGGUCUGGGUGCCUAUAGUGGUCUUUUAAUUCUCACUGCUCCGUUUUCUGCCAUUUAGUAGUUAAAUCAUGUAUGUUGCUGUUUAUGCAGCCCUAGCAACACCUCCCUCGGCUAUGACUGGCAUAGCCUACAUGAAAAAAAAUUUCAGUCACUUAAAAUAUGUUUCAUCUCCUACUAUUCUAAUUUAACUUUAAUCACACGGGAGGCUACUGCAUAGUCUUGCAAGCUGUUAACAGUACAGGAAAUCAGAAAAACUGAAUUAAACACUGUGCAAUUUGUUUCAUAGUUACGUAGCUGAAAAGAGACUUGCAUCCAUCAAGUUCUGCCUUCCUCACAUAUGUUUUUGCUGUUGAUCCAAAAGAAGGCAAAAAACCCAGUCUGAAGCACUUCCAAUUUUGCAACACACUAGGGAACAAAAAAAUCCUUCUUGACCCCAAAAUAGCAGUCAGAUGUCUCAUUAGAUCAAGCAGCUAUUACCCCACUAAUUAGAAAUUAUACCCCUGUAUGUUUUUGCAAGUGUUUAUCCAAUUGCAGUUUAAACAUCUGUACGGACUCUGAUAAAACCACCUCUUCAGGCAGGGAAUUCCAUAUCCUUCUUGCUCUUACUGUAAAAAAAGUUUUCCUUUGCCUUAGAUGAAAUCUCCUUUCCUCCAGUCACCUCGUGUCCUAUGUAUAGCCCUGUAUAUGAAUAGAUUUCCAGAUAAUGGAAGUAUAAUCUUUAGAUCUCACAUUACAGGAAGUGUUUAGGAAUGCUGUUCUGAAAAAUCAAGUACAGUUUAGUAUUAUUGGAUAUCUAAAAAACAGAGUGCUGAAGCUAUAUAUUUCCACUCACAUUGAUGGAGCCUAUUGUUGCUGGCUCUAAACAGAAACACACAUUGCGCUGAUUGGAGGGAAAGAAGGAGGCGUUCAAAUUAUGAGCGCUUUUUAAGAACCCCCGGUAGACUGAUGAAGAUGAAUAUACAUCAAAAUAUGUCUUGGUACUGAAGACACUAUGCAUGUCUCUUUUUUUGUGUUUAGUUUUUUUAUAUUGUAUUUUAUUUUGUUUGAAUACAUGUGUUCCAUAUAAAUAGUGAAGUGGUUUCUGCCAUUGACACUGGAAUGCAGAUGGAGUUAGGUGCACCACCUAAUGGCACUAAAAAUUAUUGGAGCCUAGAGCCAGUCUUAUAAUUCUAUAUAAGGUGAGCAUUGCAUUAUUAGCAAAUUUGUUUAAUCAUGACGUACUAAUCUAUUUUGUUUACCUGGAAGCCUCUAUAAAAGUAGACGUGUUGCAUUGCCAAUAAAAGUGAGGAAGCAUUUGUGUUUAGAGCCAGCAAUGAUAGGCUCUAUCUGUAUGAGCAUGGGCAUGAUCUUUACACCACAAACUGCUUCAUUAACCUGAAGUUAUUUGGUGAUUAUAGUGUCCCUUUCAGCUGAAGUUGUUUUGGUGCUUGGAGUAUCCUUUUGCAAAUGACAUUGCCCAGCUAAAACUAGGCAAAGCCAGGGCAGACAUUGUAAAUGAAGAGGAGAAACUAAAACGUGGGUUUUAUUUUUAAAAAGUGUCUGUUCUGAAAAGUGGUGCAAAUAUAAAAGGUGGAUUCACCAAUGAAACCAGUGUUCUGGUAACCCUUAGUUUCCAUCAUGGCUGGACCACUUUGUAGAACGGGACAGCACUUUUUUUGUUUGUUUUUAUAAUUACCCCUAUUGCCUUUUUUUGUUUGCUCUUCCCUAUGUACUUUCUCUGUGCCAACUGCCAGGUGCAAAGGAAACACUAGCUUGGGUUUACUUAGAGGAAUUUUGUACCUGGUCAAUUUAUGCCUACAAUUAUGAUCAUGUAAGCAUUACCAUAUUGUAUAAGCCAAUCUCAUACAGUUUUAUUGCACUUUUUAUUAUUUUAUAUAUUUUUCUUUGGGACUAAUGCUUGACUUUUUUUUUUUUUAUUUUUUUUUUUCUCCAUAGUAAAAUCGAAGUCUAACUAUUCUAGUUAUGUCACAAAAUAAGCAACAUGCAUUUAAUCUCAUUGUUAUUUUUAAAUAAAAAUCCUAAUUUUGAUUGGGGGAAAAAAAAAAACAAACUGACCUAGUUUAUUCUUUCUAACAGGCCUUGCUUCAGAAUAUGGAGUUCGAGGAUUUCCUACAAUAAAGUUGUAAGUCUUUAAAGAAAACAAAUAAUUUGUUGGGCUAUUUAUAGUGAAUACAAACCUUUUGGUGUGUGUUUUUUUUUUUUUUUUUUUUUUAAUAGAAAUUGUUACUGGGAGGGGGAAGUGGGGAUAAAAUUACAAAUAUGGUCAAUAUUGCCACUAUUUUCAAAAAGCUCUGAUCUAAAGAAUUGUUGAUUGAGUUAUUUUGUAGCAUAUACAGUAAUUCCUUUUUUUUAAUAGAUUUUCUGCAUGAGGGAAACUUUCUCACAAUUCUGGGUGUGACUAAAUCUUCUAAAAGUUUUUUUGGCUGCUAUUAAGAUUGACUUUUGCAUAUAUACACAAUUAAUAUAUUCAUAAUUCGCUCCUGCUUUUUUUUUUUAAGGCUAUAUUCCUUUAACUAUGGAUAUAAAAGAUUUGUAAACUUUCAUUUUAAGAUUAAAGGGAGAAAUGGCUUAUAACUACAGAGGUCCCAGGACAAAGGAGGAUAUUGUUGAAUUUGCAAACAGAGUAGCUGGGUAAGUACCUUAAACAAUAAUUUAAAAAUAUUAAUUUGUUUAAUAUUAGAUUUAAUAUUUUCACCUGUGUGCUUGGUAUCUAGAAAAAAAAUGGUGACUUAUAACUGCUAACACGGCUGGCUUUAGCUAUUUUGCUGCCUUAGAGUAGACUGCUACUUGAGACAGUUAUGUUCUAACCUGGGUAUAUUCUUAAUUUACAUUUUUCCACACUAGAGACCUAAUUUUUGUGAUACAUGGAGUUUGAUAUAGCAAUCUAAGCAACACAGUCAUUAUUGCUAGUGUGCUAGUUGUGUUGCAAAAAAAAAUAAAAAAUGAUGGAUGCUGAAACAAGACUUUUUCUUGCACCUCGCGGCAGCCCCCUCCAAAAAACAACUUUGUUCGGGCUAUUGUGCUCUUAGCCAGUAAUUGAAAUUGGUAAUGUGGAAGUGUAAAUUUAAAGCAAUAAAAUAAAGAGAAGUAUCAAAGUAACCCGAUUUAACCCCGCAAUUAAAUGUGUAAUAUUUAAGGAGACACGUUUGGCACUAGAAAAACUUUAGCUUAAUUAUGUAGUUCUGGUGUAUAGAUCCUGCUUCUGCAGUCGCACUGUUAAAUUCUCUGCCAGAGAGUGGCUAUUAGUAGUCGAAGAACGUAAGAUGACACUCAUAGCCAAUCACUGACACUUCCCCGCUGCACAUGCUAAUGCUUUGGCGUAAGCCUUGGCAGAAGAGAAGAGGGAGAAAGUCACUAGGGCACACAACUAUUCUUUAACCGUUUAAUACUUAAAGGCAAAACUGCGCCUGGUGCCUCCUAGCACCAUAAUUUUAUUCAGAUGAAGUGGUCAUGGUGGCUGUGCAGCUUCUUUGCUAUGAAACACUGCACAAACUGAAUAUAAGACCUUUGUUGUUGAGGUGUGACUCCACCUCCGGCAGCGUCAUUAGCCAGCCCAGCCUACAACAAGAGUUCAGGGCUGGCUAAUGUCAAUUCUGUGCAUAUUUAUAUGCACAGAAUUUCAUUCAGUAGCCGAGAGAAAUCGGUGAAUGUUUUCAGCCAAUGAAUGGCCAGCAGGAUGUCCUAACCCAUCAGUAGAUGAGGCCAGGGGCCUUAGGGGAACCCAGGUAAUAGGGCAAACCAUUGUGAAACAUUUUGCUCCACUGCAGGGAAAACUACGUAGGCUACUCCUAAAAUCGUAAACCACUACAACGGGCUGUAGCAACUAUAGUGGUUAGAGUAACCCUUUAACCCCUUAAGGACCAAACUUCUGGAAUAAAAGGGAAUCAUGAUAUGUCAUACAUGUCAUGUGUCCUUAAGGGGUUAAGUACUCUUUACUGUGCAAGCAGUUUUGUAGACUUCAGGAUAGCACAUUCUAGUGAUUAAUUUGCUGAGGUAGUCCCAGAUGACUGCAUAAUGUUUCAGUGUCGAAAUGCAUGCUUUCCUUUUUUUUUUCUUUUGGGUUGAGUGAAUGAGGAAUGUGCUAAGAUUUUGUAAUUUGUUUUAUUAAGCACGCAGACGAGCUGGGUAUGUAGGAGCUGUAGGCUCUGAGGCAACAGGUAAAAGCUACUUAGUCUUUACAGUUAUUUGGCGCGGAUCGUUCCACUUAUUUCACAUUGGUCCAUAUUAGUGUUUAUUGGGAUCCUAGUAGGAUAAUCGAAGUGAAAAUAGAAUCCACUCUACUCUGUCCUCCGUUAUCUUAGUACCUUCUUAGGUUUGACUAUCCAGGUCUUUAGUUGAUUGCCUGACCGUUAAAUUUGUUAAAGGGUUACACCAACCACCAUGAACAAUUUUUAAUAUAGUGGUCAUAUGUAUGUCUAAUGUUUCAGCUUGACACUCUGCGCAUAUUGAGUUAUUAUUGAUUGUGUGACGGGAGCUUGUUGCGCCCGCAACUCUGUUCCGAGUUUACAAUUGUCAAUUCUAGAUGAGUAAUACAUUUAUUUUAAGCUUAUUUUUUUUUAGUUUGGGGGUGGAAGGGAACUAAAACAUAAAGCCCAAAAUGGCAUUGUACUUUGAAAACCGAGAGGAGAAAAAAAAAAAGUUUGAGUAAACCUUUAACUUUGUGGUUGGUCUUUUAUUCAUUUUCUAGUAGAAACAAACAUAAACAUUGUUUCGUAACUCCCAACAGAAACAAAUCAUCCGAUAAGAACAUUAACAAAAAGGAAGUAAACAUUUUUAUGGAAUGUUUUAAAACUAUUGAGGUGUUACAGGUGCGUUUGUAGGACUUCUAAAGGGGGUUACUCAGUCGAUGAAAGUUCACAUAACUUCUAUCAUCUUCGUGGCAACCCAGGAACCGGUGGGCGUAAUCAAUAAUAGGAUUCUCAAUGCUUAGGUGAUCCUUUCGAAUCCCCAUUGUACUUUUGAAAAUUAGCUGUAAAAGUUCAAGUCGGCCACUGCACACAAAUUUCAGUGUAAGUCUGCACCUUCUCAUGAGAGAAACACCAAAGUUCCUCAAGCGUCCUCAGCUCCUCCAUUUUAGUAAAACAAAGGGAUAGUGAGUGUGGUGUCUUGCUUCUAGAAGAGGAAAACUAGCUGUUUUUACUAUGUUCAGAAUGGAGAUUGUCAGAGAGUUUAUGUAUCUGGAUGAGGGGGUAUUAGUAUGAUGUAGAAAGAAAGCGUCCAGGAGGAACAGUGGUGGGAUAUAACGCUACGGAAUCUGUUGGCGCUAUAUAAAUGGCAAUAGUAUAUAACUAAAUGUACGAAAAAUGGAGGCAGUGCUUCUACAGUGCGAAACAAUGUCCAGUCAUUCCCACUAUAACUGAAAGAAAGAACUUGGGAAUCCCCACCUCCAACACAACCCAUCUAGCUCAAACCUAAAAAAUAAUUAUUUUAAAUCAGCCAGCAUUGCCUCAAGUCAUCCCAGCAUCAAAUAUGACCACAAGGGGAGGGGAAUGGGAUUAGUCCCAUUUUAGUGGUCUGUGAGUAACAAAAGGCUGUGAAGACUUUGGUCUGCAUGCGUGUGUGGGUUUAAUCAUAGAAGCACAGAAAGUGGUCUACUCACCUCAAUUGACUUUCAAGGUUUCUGUGCUCCAACCUUAGCCCAUUCAACCACACGAGUAGGUAACUAGCAUGAUAAUAAAGCUUGAAGUUACAGACCUCCAAACCUUCCCUGGUCUUGGGCAGUGUCCGCUGUGAGAAUAUUUGUUUAGGUUUGGAUCUCUUCCGUAAGAAUUUGAUUAAUAGUGAGCACAAUGACGGAAGGAAUGCUGAUAAAAUGUAAACUGGAAGGGUUUGGAAAAGAUACAGGAUUCUCGGCAAUAUAUUUAUUUUAAUAGCUACCACCCUCCCAAGCCAAAAGAUAUAUUGCAGCACCCACUCAGCCAGGCUAUUUUGGAUAGUGUUUCCGCUUGGUUAAGACAUUUGUCUGAUAGACAUGUUACAUACGUUGGAAACCAGAUUUCCAGGUAUUUAAUGGCCAGAUUGCUCCAUUGGAAUUGAAAACUCUGACAGAUUGGGUAAAUUAACAUUCAAAAUGGUGGAUUUAAAAUAAUAAAUUUUUAGGUUUGACACAAUUCACCAUGAAUGAUUUCAAUUCUGACAUUGUGACGGGUAGGAAAAUUUCAGGGUUUGAAACAAAAAAUAUCAAAUCAUCAGUGUAAGCUACUAUUUUGUGGUGACCAUAAUCCACCUCCACCUCUCAGAUGUCUGUGUUCUCCCGAAUCACCUGCCGGAUUGGUUUGAAGACAAAGACGAAGAGCAUGGGCGACAGGGGGCACCCAUGCCUAAUUCUGUUACCUAUAGGGAAAGUAUCUGUUAUGCCCUAUUGAUGCACACAUUGAUGCAAGGAAUAUAAGGCAUAUUUUGUCUAUUGUUGCAUAUGUUAGCCCAAAGCUAUAGUCCUCAAAGUGGCAAACAAAGUCCCAACUGACUCUGUCAAUGGCCUUCUUUGUGUCCGUUAAGAGGAGGAGAAGGCUCUUAGAAGUAUCUUGCGUCUGGUGUAUCAGAGGCAAGGCUCCUAUGGUCAUUAUUGCUCCUAUGGUCCUAUUGUCACAAGCCUCUCUAUUCAAGACAAACCCAACCUGGUCUGUGGAGAACAUCUUGGGAAGGGAGGAACUGCCCAAAAACUAGUGCUAUGCAAACUGGAUUGCUUGCAGGAUCUCCUUAAUGCAUAACCAGAAUAAUAAAAUAUUUACAUUUAGUCACCAACCUAUGACGAUGGAACUGCUUUCAUCAAUAAAACAAGCAUUUUACCAUCUACACGUUUUGCUUCUGCUUCUGUCAUUUAUUUUACGUAUCAAUAUACCUUAUUCUUUUACUUAUUCAAUAUUUCAAUAAUAAAUAUAUUUACAUAUUUAAAACCAAUACCUUUCUAUUUCACUGUGAGGCUGUUAGGUUGCUGAAUUUGUUGAGACAAUUCAUAGUGUUUUUUACAUUUAAUGAGUUGUAUUUGUUUUGUUGUAAUGUCUUGAUUUUUGUUUUUGCUUUUGUUUAAGGCCUUUAAUUCGUCCGCUUCCAAGCCAGCAAAUGUUUGAUCAUGUACAGAAGAGACAUAAUGUUCUUUUCGUGUAUGUUGGCGUUGAAUCCACCCUAAAGGUAUGGUAUAAUCUCAAUAGUUGAUCGUUAUGUUUCAGAUAUUGUUUACCCCAAUUCUACAUUGCAGGGAUGACUUUUCUCUAGUGGCAAGGGCUAAAAAGACAACUAACACUCUUCCUUCAAACCCCCUCACAAGGCAUGGGGGAUACCAAAAUAUAUAGAUUAAAACUAUAGCAUAAGGACUACAUGGUUGUAUUCCUAAUGCUAUAGUGUUCUUUUAUAGUGUUAUUUUAAAGGACAGCUGUCACCUCAACUAUUUUUUUAUAUAUUCUUUCAUCAAGUGUGUGGUUUUUACUUAUUUAUUUUUUUAUUUAAGGAGCCCUAUAGGGUCAGGAACACAAACAUGUAUACACCUAUAGUGUUAAAAUCUCCAUUUAGCCCCCCUCUUGCCUCCCUAAAUAUAGUAAAAUCUUGUAUUCAAGUCUGCAGUUCCUGGCUUUGCCCCGGUCUGCUUGUGAGCUGCCUCUGUCUGAUGACAUCAUCAGAAGUGGUGGUUUGAGCCAAUCACAAUGCUUACUCAUAGGAUUGGCUGAGACUGUCAAGGAGGCAGAUCAGGGCAGAGCCAGCACAAGUGAAACACAACAGCUCUGACCAAUCAGCAUCUCCUCAUAGGGAUGCAUUGAAUCAGUGCAUCUUUAUGAGGAAAGUUCAGUGUGUGCAUGCAGAGGGUGGAGACACUGAAUGGCAGUGCUGCUUACUCUGCAGCACUGCACAAGGAAGCACCUCUAGCAGCCAUCUAAGGAGUGGCCAGUGAAGUUAUCACUAGGCUGUAAUGUAAACACUGCAUUUUCUAUGAAAAGACCGUGUUCACAGCAAAAAGCCUGAAGGGAAUGAUUCUACUCAGCAGAACAAAUUAAAUAAGCUGUAGUUGUUCUGAUGACUAUAGUGUCCCUUUAGGUAUGUGUAAAAGUAGGGAGUGUAGGAGAGAAGACCACAGAUAGGGUUCAUUUUCGAACACUGUCUGACCUAAGGUGUAUGUAUAUGGCUGAAAGAUCCUGCCAUAUACUAAAGUUAUGGAUACGUUUUUUUUCUAAUUUUUUUUACAUCAAAUGUUUUUUAAAUUAAGUAUAUAUAUCUUCAAUACCUGAUGAAAUGAUUAUUAUAUUAAGAAAUGUUUUUAAAGGUGACACAUAUCCUUUAACAAAAGAACACUCUAUUUAAAAAGUAUGUUUUUUUAUUUCUAAGUAGAUGUGUUCUUUUACUGCUUUAGUUUACUAGCCCCUGUUUUUUUUCUUUUUUUUUCUCAUGAGAAACACUGGACACAUACAUUGUCCUUUGCAAUAUUUUAAUCUGUUUUAGUCUGGAGACCCUUGUCUGUCUGAAUGAGAGUCACUAGUAGGCAAGGAAACAGCAAAAUGGAAACAUUACCUUUUCUCAGAAACAUGGUUUUCAUUUGCAAGGCUGUAGAGUCAGCAUCUACACCUCAAAACCAUUUAUUUAAGAUGAAGCAUGAUGUUUAACCUGUCCCUUAAAUUAAAAAAAUCAUGUUCAAAUUGGCGCUUGUAUUCUAAUGUAUCUUAUAUCACCCCUUCAAUUAGGAAAAGGAUUGUUGGCCAAGCUGAAUGUUAAUGUUAAUAGAAUGUAGGCAAAUUAGAGGGGAUAGAGCACUCAAUUGACCAGUCUGGUGUGGCCUUGUGUUUUGCAUUUUGUUUUUUGUUUUCCAGUCAUCAUGACAGUAUUACCACAAAACUAAUUUGGAAAGGGGUAGCAUAAUAAUUCUGGUUCCUCAGUCACACCAGAACACUAAACACUAAUCACAAAGCUUAAUCUUAAUCUCCAAAUUUAAAUGUAAAUUUUUGUUUUGAAUUCCAUGCAAAUAACAUAUGUGUAUGUGUGUGUGUGUGUGUAUAUAUAUAUGUGUGUAUAUAUAUAUAUAUAUAUAUAUAUAUAUAUAUAUAUAUAUAUAUAUAUAUAUAUAUAUAUAUAUAUAUAUAUUACACAUAUAUAUAUUUUUUUUUUUUUUUUUUUUGCUAGUAGCUACAUUUAUUUUUAUUGGAAACAAAAUGUUGCAGAAAUGUGCGGUUAAUACUAAUAAAGGGAAUCAACACCAUAAAGGAGGAGACUAUAUUUAAAAGAAGAAAAACUACCACAACAAGAGGACAUAGUCUUAAAUUAGAGGGACAAAAGUUUAAAAAUAAUAUCAGGAAGUAUUACUUUACUGAGAGGGUAGUGGGAGGGAAGGCAUGGAAUAGCCUUCCAGCUGAAGUGGUAGAGGUUAACACAGUAAAGGAGUUUAAGCAUGCGUGGGAUAGGCAUAAGGCUAUCCUAACUAUAAGAUAAGGCUAGGGACUAAUGAAAGUAUUUAGAAAAUUGGGCAGACUAGAUGGGCCAAAUGGUUCUUAUCUACCGUCAUAUUCUAUGUUUCUAUGUUUUGGUGUUAAAAACUUGUUUUAAUAUAAUCUGUUGUAUGUUAAGUUUUUAUCUCGAAAUGUAAAAACAAGUUGUGUUAUCAAUAUCCUUUUAUUGUGUGUACUAUGAACCUUUAUAAUUGCUAUUAUUUUUUAUUUAUUUAUUAAACAGGAGAAAUUUAUUGAAGUCGCUUCAGAACUUAUCGUUUAUACAUACUUCUUUUCCGCUUCAGAGGAAGUAUUGCCAGAGGUAAUCCUGAUAUAGAUAACAGGGAUGGUUGUUAGACUUUUAACCCUGCAACUGAAAAUAUUCUGCAAAUGUUUGUUUCCUGAUGGUUUGUCCAAAUCAAAUGCAUUUUAAUGCAACCCCAUAUAAUACCAUCUUCCUCUAUUGAAUUAGUCCAGGUGUGGAUUAAAAGGAUUUUGAUUCGGACGAAUAGUCAGAAACAAACUUUUGCACAUGUCUAAUGGCCACUAUAUUUUUUGCACUUAGUCAUAAAUAUAGUAUUGUUUGGUAACUUAAGUUAAUGUUGUAUUCAAACCUUCAGAAACUUGAUUUUUUACAAUAUCAUAAUCAUGUGGGCUCUUAAAGGACCACAAUAGUGCCAGGAAAACAAACUCGUUUUCCUGACACUAGAGGAUCUUUAGGUCCCCCACUCCCUAGGCUGAAGGGGUUAAACACUUACAUUUCUCCAGCGCCAGGCUCCCUCAGCGCUGGGGAACACUCCUCCCUCUGCCAACGUCAGCGCCGAAUGCCAUUGCGCCGAAUGCCAAUUUCUUAAUGCUUUCCUAUGGACGGCCAGCGUCCAGUAUGAUCACGUUACUUUACAACAAUGCAUUCAAAUGCAAGAAACUAGGUAAUGCUAACUAGGAAAGGAGACUCCUGUCAAGGGUACCUAAUUAUCGUUAAUGUUGUUUAUACCUACAAACUCCGUAUCCAGCAUGUGUGUACGUGACAAAUAGGUAAUACCUAGCUGCAGGUUAUGGAGGAUGAGUGGAAUUGCUGUUGGCUCAACACUUUCUCUGAGGAGAAAGAGCUCAGGCCAAGUUGUCUAAGCAUGCAGCAUAGACAUUAUAGAAAAAAAUUGAUCUUCCUAACUAGGACUACAAAUAAUGUGUGUGACAGCUGAAAUGUUCAAGUUAGAAGCUAGAAAUCAAAACGCUUUAUCUCAGCAAAUUGAUUAGUACUGUAUUACUGUUCCUUUGUGAAAUUUACUUACCAUUUUAAACGAUGGGUUACGUGCUUCUGGUACCGCAUGGCUAACAUUGUCCACAUUGCAGCUGCAUUGAUAAGUUACGAAUUCACAAUUUAUUCUCCAUUUUAAUAUUUUAUUUAUAUAGAAUCCUGAAAUUAUGUCAAAGUGUAUAAUUAUAUGAUGUCCUACUCUUGACUAACACAAAUAUAACGAUUAUGCUACCACAAUAUUAGAAAUUAUUUUUAUUCCCUGUUUGACAAUAUUUACUUGACCAUUGAUUUGCUUAGGCAUUUUAGUUUCCUUUUGAACCUACAUCUGUGUGCAGUAGGAAUUCUAUUCAUUACUGCUCUGUUUCAUCAACAUUACUGAAACCACGUGUGCAGUAUGAACUCUAUUUAUUACUGCAAUUGGCACAAUUAGUUUUAAAAAAGAUGAAAAGUAGGGCUCCCAGACUCCCCCAUAUUCCAUCCAGGAAUCGUGUGCGGAGGCAGUUUUUUUUUUUUUUUUCUCCUCCUCGUCCUUUACAUAUAUUGGCAACUAUUAUUUCAAAGGGAAUCAAAUAACAUUUGCAAAUAACAGCACUUUUCAAAACUAUGUUAUGAAUAGAACCAGUAGCAGAUAAUAGAGGUGACCCAUGCCUGCAAAAAGUAUAUGUAUGUAUUCUGCAUUCAAGAUAUAAUAUAUGUAUGUAUAUACACAUUAAAACCAAUGACUGGUGAAGUGAAUAACAUUGAUUAAAUCAUUACAAUGGCUCCUGUCAAGGAGUGUGGCAUAUUAGGCAGCACAUGAAAAGUUAGUUCUUGAAUUUAAUGUGUGAGAAGCAGGAACAUUUUAAACGAGUUGCAAAUAUAUGAACUCAUAAGUGUUUGGUUUUUAUUCUGAAAUCCCAGUUUAACAUUUUUUCCUUACAGUACGUUACUCUGAAUGAAGUCCCAGCUGUUCUUGUAUUUAAAGAUUCUACUUAUUUUGUCUAUGAUGGUAAGUAAAGUAAUUAACCCUCACAUUUGUUGUUAGAGCCCUGGCAUUUUGUUACAAACAAUUGGUAGUCUUUGUCCCUAAAGGGUUAUACUGUUUAACUGCGUGUUACUAGUAACAGUGAUGUUUUUUAAUAUGGUAAUACAAUGCAAAUAUUAAAAUACUAUAGCAUGUCCAGAUAUAUUCCAGUUGUAACCAGUGUUAGUAAAAAAUUGUGAGCCACAAUUAAUAAACAGAUUAGUACAUACAUUCAUACAGCAGAGUUAUAUGGAACAUGACUCACUCAUCUUAAAUAAAAAAAAUAAUAUAUAUAUAUAUACACACACACACACACACACACACACACACACACACAUUAUUACAGAAAAAGAUCAUUGCAGCUCUAGUCCUUCAUGAUACAAGAGAAACAUUACUCAUUUAUAGAUUUCUGCUGGUACUGUACAUUAUCAUUUAUUCACAAUGGAUAUAGAAAUGGAGAUAUAUUUGGUGUAUAUACAGUUAAACGUAUGUUUAGUCUUGUGGUCAACUGCGCUACAUACUGUAAGCAUCAGCUUUGUCAUCACCCUGUCAACAGAGACAGUGUAUCAUUGGUCGUUGCUUGCUGAGGUUUUGAGUUGGUUCUGAGAGUGAGAGGCUCUAAUUUCCAUAUCUUUAGAGUGCAAUGAUGUGCACAGCUGUGUGACUCCAUUUAUCAUUUCUUAGAUGGUUCCAAAAUAGAUCAUGUGUUGUUUUUUUUUGUUGUUGUUUUUGUUUUAUGAAUGCAUUUCUCAAAAGUUGCCUUGAUGUUCAUUUUUGCUUGCCAUAAGGCAGAUUUUGGAUGGCUCGUUUGAUAAUACAAUAGGAGAUAAAGCAAUCAGACUGAGUUUUUCUAACACUUCAAGCAUAAUGUACUUGAUGAUUGUGUCAGUGAAUCUAAAGUCAAAUUGAAAGUUGCCAAAAGCUGAAAAAAUGUAGACCACUUUUACAUUGUCAUAUAUAGUAGUUUCCUCUUGUUUGUAACCAUCGCAAAGCUGAAAACGAACUUUUUUGGUAGUUUCUAUCAUCUUUGCAUUAUUGCUGGUGAUCAUUAUUUUCAAUCUGUUAUCUGCAACAUAACUUUUCAGCUCCAUUAUGUCUUUGCAGUCUUUAGGAAAGAGCUUCCUAGAAGGUAAAGGAAAAUAAAUUUCAUCCUUGAGGCUUUAAACGUUAUCCGUGUUAUUUACUAAAGUGAGUGUUGCUGGGAAAUGUGAAUUUUCAGAUUUAAAUAGCCAAAUUAGAAAAAAAAAUCUCAGUACGCUGAGAAUUUGCCACUUUGACCUUAAAUUUGCAAUUCACUUUGAAUUCCAGACAUUUCUCAUUCUUGUAAAUAACCCUGUUUGUGUAAUUUCACCUAAAACAAAACUGACCGUUAACUGCAUCUGUAGAACGAAAAGUAAUGAUUUAUAAAAUAUGUUGCAAAAUACUCUCAUUAUAAAGUCACAUCUUACAUCUUCUCUUUUGAUUUGUGUAAAACGGAAAAUCCUCAAGUAGCUUUCUAAUUACUGCUAGAAACCUCUGUUAAUUCAAUUCAAUGAUUUUACGAAUUCAAUCUUUUUCAAAAGACUUACCAGAUUAAAAGUGCAGUCAGUAAUAAUACAAGAACAACUAGGAUAUAUGCAACUGCAUUCCUCGAGUUCAUUUUCCUUGACUUGCUCUCCUUGCACUGCUUUCCUUGUUUUGAAAACAGUUUAUAUCCCUUUUGACUUGCAACUAGUUAACCUGUCAUUGGUGCCUUUUGUACGGCAGGAGGCGUAUUAGGUGGCUGGAAUUUCCCCGAUGCAAGAAGCUUAUAUUAGAAAAGAAAAUGAAACUUACAGUGCAAUAGUCAUAGUGACAUAUCAAGCAGUUAUAAAAUAUGCUUCAUAUAGAAAUAAUCGAUGUUUUAAAGAUGCAUUUUAAUGAUAAAUGAGAACAUAUUUACGUAUUAAUGAGUAUUGUAAACAAAUGCUACACAUUUUGAAAAAGAGCCCUUAGGAGUAUGUGUUUAGAAUUCAUAUAUUCCUUGUAUUGAAAAUUGAGACAAUCAACUUGUCAUAUUUUCUUUCUACUUAUAUGCCAUUGGUAAAUAUGUCCCAAACCACCUUUAUUCAUUUUUCUUUUCUUCUAUUCUCUUACUUAAUUUAAACAGUCUGCUUAGCAGUUCUUUGUUUCCGCUUUUAGCGUAAGAAUAUUUUAGUAAACUGCUGCUCUGUCUUCCACAUUUUCACUUCCUGUCUUUUUCUUAUUUUUUAAAUAUCCCUAUAUUUCUUAAAAUCUAAUUAAAGGUAAUGCCCUAAGCGAUAUAAUAGCUUCUGUUUCUUGCAUAGGUUUUGAUAUAAGGAGCUCCUUUGUACCUGUAAGACGCAACCAGAUUCUCCUAAGGAAAUCACAAGUAGAAAUAAAUGCCAAUGAUUGGAAAGUGUAUUAAUUUGAGAAAGUGUUAGUCUCAAUUCAUUACUACCUUCUAGUAGACCAAAUUGGGGUUACACACACUCAGUGAAAGGAUAUUGAGUACUAUAAUGUGCCAAAAUAGGGAUAGGGGAGUUCCCAGCAAUCCAGAUGAAAACUUUUUUCUUUGUUUAUUGUCAUUACUCUCUUUGUGAUGCAUAAAUGUCAAAAGGGAUGUACACAGGCACAAAUAAUCUAGGGAAUAACAUUAGUGCACUGUACAGGAUUGCUACAGCAGUAUUCACCCUUAACUCACAUAAUUAUCAGCGAGAAGAAAAGUAGAGCAUAUUGCAGAAGAACAUAUAAAUAAACAAAACCUAAUAUUUGGUAUACAAAAUGAAAGUUAUUAAGUUUAUAGUCUACCCGCACCUCCCACACCUCCCCCCUCUGUCCGUCAAUAUGUUGACUUCCCGUUAAAUAUAGGGCUCAAUUUCCUGUACUUGCUUACAAAUCUCUACACAAUGCAGCUCCAACCUACCUAUCCUCACUAAUGCACAAAUAUGUCCAGUCUAGACCCCAACACUGUCUAUGUCUAUCCUCUCUUUGUACUCCUAUGCUCACUUUAAAGACUUCUCUAGGGCUGCGCCAAUCCUAUGGAACACCCUGUUAGACUUUCACCUAGUCUCCCACCUUCACAAAAUCUUUGAAAACUUACUUCUUCAGGACAGUAUAUCAAUUAAACGUUCAACAGCGUUCCCUUCUCGCACCCUGAUUCCUCUCUGCAACUGUCAUAAAAACAAAACACUAAGCCCUCAGUGAAUACUAUCCUAACAACCUAUUUGUUUACUCUACACUUACCUUUUGUGUCACUAUGCCCCACUCCCUCUAGCACAGGACUUGACAAAUUUGGUUGGCAUCUAGGAGCCAGCUAAGAAAUUAGGAGCCAGUCCUUUUCAACAAGAAAAAUUCAAUUCUUAAAGGGACACUAUAGUCACCAGAACCACUGCAGCUAGAUGUAGUUGUCCUGGUGUCUAUAGCAUGUCCCUGCGGGCUAUUCUGCCUUUUCAGCGGUUUAGUAACCCCUCUAGUGACAGUCACUUGGACUGCCGCUAGAGAGACCCGGGUCACUGCUGCACCACGUGUAGCACCCACGUUCAGGGUCUCCAAGCUCUGCAUGGAGGCGCUGAAUGUUCCUUGUAGAUGUUCAUUAAUUCAAUGCAUCUCUAUAACGAGAUGCGGAUUGGCACAUUUGCUGCGCAUGCACAAAAUCCUCCCUUUGCUCUCCUAAGGGAAAGCAUUGGCUUAGCUGAGAUCAUAAAGCUUGAUAAUCUCAGCCAUGGAGGUGGGACCAAAACUGGCAUGGUGUGGUGAAAAAGGUACACACACACACACUCACACACUCCCUUUCAUACACACACACACAGAUUCAUACACACACACACACACACACACAGAUUCAUACACACACACACUCUGACAGAUUCAUACACUCACACACACACACACACACACUCUGGCAGAUUCAUACACUCACACACACACACACACACACUCUGACAGAUUCAUACACACACACACACACACUCUGACAACAGGCACGCACACUGACAGUGCAAUAAUUAAGUAAAUGCCUUCAAUAUCUAAACCAGCAUAUACGUGGCAAUAUGAUUAAGAUCUGAAGUAAAUUUAAAACUUUUCUUGCUUUAGUAUUUCUAGAUACUCUAGUUAUUUAUUGUGACUGUAGUUUUUGAAAGUGUGCAGUGUUGUCUAUAUUGCAGUGGUCAGUAGUUUUGAUAUGUGUAUGUAUAUAUGUGUGUGUAUAUUUACGUAGUGUAUAUAUAGAAGGAGAAAUCUGACUGGGUUGGAUAAUUUCUCCAUAUCAGCUGUCUUAGCCCUAAUUUUACUGUUUAGUGAAUAACCGUAUGAGUCUCAAGAGUAUCUGCAAAGCCAGGUUGUAAAAAUGUAGGUACCAGUUACAGUUCACAUUUCCUUACCACGUCAGAUUUCCCUAUCCCACGUCACAUCUGUGAUAGCACUCCUAACAUGUAGGGAAAUCUAACGGAGACUGGGAGCAUGCGCGAGACCAUCAGCUGGACUGGGAACAACUUCUCAGCAAGGUCUUUGAAGGUAAGUUAAAGCCCGUUUCACACUUACUUUAUAGUUGUUGCACAGGGCAUGGGACAUUUACAAUUAAUUGAGGGUUAAAAUUAGGGUUAGGUAACUAAUUUAACCUAUCUCACUCCUUACCUUAAUCCUAGGGGUAAAACUAAAAUUAACCAUAACAUGAAUUAAAGUGUUAUAUUUUUCCCUAGUGACACUAAGCAUUCAAAAAAAAUUUUUUUUGCCCUAAACCUAACUAAUUUUUUAACUCUUACAUUAAGCUUAAAUGUCUAAUGUCCUGUGCUUAGUGAAUGCAAGAAUUAUAAUAUCAGUACAACACUAACCAAACUGGUCUGUAAAUAAAUAUCAACCCCUUUCCCUAAAACAUAUAUCAGUGAUAAGUAGUUUUGGAUAUGUAAGCAUACGUGUAUUUAUACAUAAGUUUAUAUCCCAUGCAAUAAAUGAUAUAAUAUAUUUAUGCGAUAUAUAAUUGAUGUGUGUGUUUUAUAUAUUCACAGGACUGAUCGCUGUUAUAUGUAUGAGGGAAAGGGGCUUAUAUUGAUUUGCAGACCAGUUUGGCCAGUUGACAUUCUUUACCCCACUCCCUCAUCCGGAUCUCAUACCAUGUAUGGGUUUCCGCUCAGCCUAGUAACAAAGCUAGGUGUGUAAUUUCCGUUUCUGUUGCCUUUCAUUUUCCCAUAACUGGUACUUACUUUUUUACAUUCUUUCUCUGUAGAUAUUUUUGAGGCUCGCACUGUUAUUUCCUAAACUGUAAAAUUAUGGCCAAGACAGCUGAUGUGGAGAAAAUCUCCCACCCAGUCAGAUUUCUUUUUGGAUCCACAACCCAUUACUCUAGAUAUUCCGUGUUAAUCACUAAAGAGAGAAUUGUCUUGAAUUCAGUGCUAAAACAACCUAUUUAGGUAGAGAAUUUCACAUCUACCUGAUCGUUGUCCUUUGAAUAUUAACAAACUACCCCCCCUUCUAUUUCCUAUGUGACAUUCUCUCUUUUACGGCUUCUUUUUUUUCAUAGAAUAUGAAGAUGGUGACCUGUCCUCAUGGGUGAAUAAAGAAAGGUUUGAGGGCUACCUCCAAGUUGAUGGAUUUACAUUGUAUGAGCUUGGGGACACAGGUAAAAUAUAGAAUUUCCAUUCUUGAAACAUUUCUUUCAUUUGCAAGAGUUUUGCAUGUUCAAUGUACACACUCACAGGGAAAGGCAUGGGAGUUGUUAACUUGCAAACAUCCUGGGUGCUUGUAAAAGGAAAAACGAUUGGUCUGUUGUGGCUGGGCACAAACAAGAGGGGGUGGGAUAGCGGGACCACUGAUUGCCAUGCUGUUUUUUGAUUUCAUACCCAAAACAUUAUUCACAUAACUAUUAUAGAAUACAAUACCUUGAUGUAAAGAUAGCAUGGCUGGAUAGGAGACAGUCUUGCAAAAAAAAAAAAAAGUAAAUUUCUCCAAAAUGACAAUGAACAAAAAAAAUUACCGUUUUGGCCUAAAAUUCACAAUUACUUGUUUAGUUCCUGACAAUUCUCAGUGUUGUGAAUAAAGAUAUGAAAAAAAAAAUCUUGUCAUGUAAUAAGUACAGGAGAAUUGAAUUACUUGUUCAGCAAUGUAACUAAUUCUAUAUGGAAAUAAAUCUAUUUACAUAUCAAUUAUAAUGUUUGAAAAUAAUUGAUAUCCCGCUCAAUACAUAGCUAUUUAUAAAUGUAUACAUCUUUUUAGCUGAAUCAUAAGCAUAAUUAUCAUCUUCAGCCGACUUCUGCUGUAUCUUAAAUACCUUUAACAUUGUCUCUAAGACUUGCAAAAUAAAAUUAAAACCAAAGAAUGUUAAGAGACAAGCCAGAGUUAGGGAAGGCAGAAAUAUGGGAUAGAGCAGUACAAUGACCAGUCAAGGAUAAUCAAAAAGGAGAAUAGUCCGUAUAGCUGAGAUUAAAAACCAGGAAUACACAGAAAUAGAAAGUUUUGGGACGCAGGACGUCCAUUGGCUGUGCCAUAGCAUGGGCAAUGAAAGGUAUCCUGACAAAAUAUAAUAUUGAUUACAUUUGUAUUUCCUUUAGAAAUUGUUUUUUCUUAGUCUUUUACUAUAAGAGUGGCCAAUUAUGUUUUAGAAGGAGAAAAAUAUUUGCUGUAUACUAGUGUUUCCCAAUUGAUGUUCGGCAGAACCCUGGGGUCCUGAGAGAACGAAACUGGGUUUUGGCCGUGAUUUCUCCAAUCCAAAAUGGCCAAGGUGAUUUGCCCAUCGGAUGGCCCAUGCACUAGGGUAUUCUUGCUGAACAGGGGUCCGGUGAGGCUUUGCGGCCCUUUAAGAGCGUUACCGAGCCUCUGUAGUAUUGGAUGCUGGGUGGAAGUGACAGCCGAUCACUACCUACCAGACAUAGAGAGCGCAGUGAUGGAUGGAGAGGCAGCAGCAAGGAGCUUCUGCAGAGCCUCCACAGUUGAGCCUCAGCAAGCAUCACUACAAGCAAGUAACUCUCCUGCAUGCAAAAUGUAUACUAACAGGAGGGUGGCUGCAAAUAUAACAGUUGUGAUGUGUGUGUGUGUGUGUAUCUGUGUCAGUUUGUGUCAGUGUGUGUCAAGGUGUGUGUGUGUGUGUGUGUAUGUAUGUGCCAGUGUGUGCGUAUCAAGAUGUUUAUAUGUAUGCAUGUGUCAUUUUGUUUGUGUGUGUUAAUGUGCAUGUAUAUCUGUGUAAGUGUGUAUGUGCAUACACCCCAGCAAUAAAACACCAACACAACAUGCAUACAUACCCCUGUAAACACAAACAUUACAUGCAAAAACACCCCUCAAUUUAAACUCCAAAUUUAUAUACAAACACUCAAACAUACCCUUCAGUCAGACACCAAUACUACAAAAAACUGUACAUCCGCAUUUGAAAGCCAACAUUACAAACACACCCCUGUAUGAAAAUGCUAAAAUGAUAUACAAACACAUGCUACUAACUACUACAAUCUGUUUACCAUCUGUAAACAUUUGUGUAUAUAUACCAAAAAAAAAUCCCCAUGCCUUUAUCCCUCGCUUUCUCCCUGCCCUCGUGGGCUCCUUUUGCGCGCCAAGUCCUCUAAAUUCUCCAAGGUGUAAGACCCACCUAAGAGGUUUGUCUUAAAGUGGCAAGUGGGUUGCAUCUAAUGGCCAUUGGAGUUGCUGAAUAACCUUUAUUUGUUUAAAUGUGCAUGGAGUUGGACUGGUGUGGAUGCUUGUUUUGUAUGUAUUCAGGCUGAUGUGUCCUAUGGUCAUUGUAGCCAUCCAGAAGUAGUGGGAGUUUGAGCGCAGGACUUAUUUUUGUGUAUUUGUAUGCUUUUUCUAAUACUGUAGAAAAUAUUUUGUAUUCUGUAAUAUACUGAUUAACUCUUUAUUGACUGAAGGUGAGUGUCAACCCCUCUCUUAUUACUAGCAGUGUAGCAAGGUUAAUGUUUUAGGAGGGGCAGCCAUCAUCGGGCGCUGGUCUGAUAAGGCAGCUUGCUGGCAUGAGAGACAAUCUGCCAAUGUUCUAUCAAUUUGUGUUGCCUAUCAGAUUAUGUUUCCAGAGCAGUCUGCAUUAUCAGGAACUCCAUCCCCUGUGUUGUGGAAACAUAAUUUGCUGGAUAAUAGACUUUGAUAGAUUGCUAGAUUAAUAUAAGGGCAGGCUGAUGGAGCUUCAGCUCAGCAGCCCGUGUCCAAAAUAGACCCAUUGUUCUGGUUCUUCCUCCUACAUUACCUCUUGACAGCACUGGGAGGAAGUUAUAUCACAUUAUAAUAUGAGAGCCACGCAUGAGGGAUGUCUCCCAUUUAAGGGUUACUUCAACCACCAUGACCACAUCUGCUUUUAGAAGUGGUCUUGCUGGUAAAAGUUUGUAUGUGUAUUGUUGCAGCUUGACUCUCUACAUAUACGGAAAUAUUUUGCAUUCUAGUUUAGAAGACUUCCCAGCGGACCUCAUAACCUCAGUAUGCCUCUGCUAAUGACCACUGGUUCAGACUUUCCCUGGAGCCUCAUGACCUCGCUACACUGCUGUAAUAACCACUGUCUUAGGCAUCCAGCACUCUCCUAUAAUUUCCUUUCAGGGUGAAUUCUAUUUUGAAAAUAUAAAAGUAUAAUUUAUUUAGCUGUACAUGCUAUAGUAGUGCUGGGAGAACCCUUUUUUUGUCAGCUCCAAAACGGUUAGGCAAAAAAUUGGGUUCAGUGCCCAUAAUCUUAUAACAUUAUUACUGUAAAGUUUAGAAUGUCACAAAGGGAUACUUAAGAACCAGAACAACAUUAACUUAAUGAAGCAGAUUUCGUGUACAGAUCAUACCCCUGCAGUCUCACUACUAAAUUCUCUACCACUCAAGAGUUAUGUCACUUUGUUUAUACUGCCAUAGGCACACCUUCACUCAGCCUCUAACUAAUGUAGCAACUAAUCAACAAGAUGGAAAAGUAGCCAAACUAGAAGGUCAUGGUUGAGUGUGGCCUUUUAACAGAGAGAAAGAGACAGUUUUGUGAAAUAGAUGUUACUUUGGGAGGCCAUAAACUUUUUUUUUGAAGAGGUAGGUUUUGAGAUACAUCUCAAAUGAUCGAAGACUAGGGUCGAGUCUGAUGGGGCGGUAGGCAGGCUGACCCAAAGGAAAGGAGGCAUCCACGAGAAGUCUUUCAAGCACAUGUUGGCAGUCAGGGUGCAAGCAGCAGACAGAAAGAGGUCAUUGGCAGAUCGGAGAGAUCGAGAUGGGGGCUACGUACAAAUUAGUACAGGCUAGUGUUGUUUAGAGUUUUACAGGUAAGGGUUAGCAUUUUAAUUGACUCCUAUAGGGUACUGGAAGCCAAUGUUUCUCCAUUUUAUAUCUCUCUUUACAUAUGUUCUCAUUUGCUUUGGAGCAUCAAAGGAGAUUUACACUUUCUCUGUAAGUUAUUAUUCGGAUAUUGAAUUUUUCCACUAUUUCACUUGCAAUUUUGCACUUAUGUUACACUAAGUGUGAUUAUACUGUGUACACACUCUUUGUUUUUGCACAAAUUUAUGCCCUAUUUGCACUUUUUAAUAUUUAAAGGUACAGCGCACCUAUUUUAUUUGGAUUUUAUGUAUGGUGGUUUAUGAGCUUGUACACUUUUAGGUGCUGCUCCUCCUUUAUUAUCUUUAUAUUCAUUCAAUAUUAAGCACUUUUAGCGCCUUUUAUUGCUAGUUGUUUUUUUUUUUAGUAUAUAUAUAUAUAUAUAUACACACACACUGUCUAAGUGUAUUUUAAUAUUAAUAUAUAAUUAUAUUAUCAAAAUACAUGUACAAUGAUAUUGAUUAAAUAUAUAUAUAUAAUUUUCAUUAUAUAUAUUAUAAAAAAAGUAAAUAUGUAAAUACGUUAAAACAAUUAUUAAAAUUUGUAAAUUUGUUCUAACUGUAUUUUAAAAUGUUAUAUAUAUAUAUAUAUCUCAAUAUACAUGUAGAACGAAAUAAUAUAUAUAUCUAUAUACAUAAGUAUAUACGGAUAUAUCACUAUAUAUGAAUCAAAAUAAUUUUAAAAAUUUAUAUAAUUCUACGUAUAUAUUUAUGUAAUAAUUUUACAUAAUUAGCUCAUUUUAUUAAUUACAAGUUGCGGGACCUGCCUGACAACCCAGGCCAAAAGUCCAGGGAAUUUAAUUUGCUAGCACUAUAUUUAAACCUGUAACUUUCCAAGACACCAUAAAACUUGUACAUAGGGGGUACUGUUUUACUCAGAAAACUUUGCUGAACACAAAUAUUAGUGUUUCAAAACCGUAAAAUGUAUUACAACGACAAUAUCGUCAGUGAAAGUGAAAUUUUUUGCAUUUUUCACACACAAAUGGCACUUACACGGACGAUAUUGUUGUGAUACGUUUUACUGUUUUGAAACACUAAUAUUUGUGUUCAGUGAAGUCUCCCGAGUAUAACAGUACCGCUCAUGUACAGGUUUUAUGGUGUUUUCAAAAGGUAGAGAGUCAAAUAUAAGGCUUGCGUUUCAGUUUUUUCACAUUGAAAUUCGCCAAGUUGGUUAUGUUGCCUUUGAGACCGUACGGUAGCUCAGGAAUGAAAAUUAUGGCAUGAUGGCAUACCAUUUGCAAUAGUAGACAACCCAAGGUAUUGCAAAUGGGGUAUGUCCAGUCUUUUUUGGUAGCCACUUAGUCACAAACACUGGCCAAAAUUGGAAUUCAAAUAAUUUUUUUGCAUUUUUCACACACAAACAAAUAUUAACACUAACUUUGGCCAGUGUUUGUGACCAAGUGGCUACUAAAAAAAGAGAUUUGAUAGUAUCAAAGAGACAACUGGGAUUGUGGGAACAUGAACUUAUGAGAGAGGAAAAAUCUGAUUGUUUAGCAAGGAUGAGAGCUAUAGGAAUGCAAGAAUAAUUUAUAAUAGAGAAAGUCUGACAAAGUGCAAGACUUUCUUAUGCAGCUCUCAGCUAAACGGGAUCAUCUCUGCAAAUAGCAGUUGACUUGGUGUGCAACAGAGGUGCGUCCUCCUUGAGCUGCAUGUUGUACAUUAGCGUGUUCAGUUCUUGGGACUUAUCUCUUUGUCCAAUUGAGGAUGCCAUGUCAAGGUUAAAUGCAUAUUUGUUGUAUCUUUAUUUUAUUCUUAAAAGGAGACUCCAAUGCCAAAAUAAAAAUUUAAGAUCACUAUUUAGUGGAUAUGCACCCAAUGAAAACAUGCUUGUAUUUAGUUAUGUAUUUUUCAUUGAGGUUAUAUCUAUAUAACUGCAAAAGUUGCAGUAUAUGCAAUCCAUCCCCUUCUUCCUCAUCUAAGACUUUUUGUGGUUGUCCAAUCACAGACUUCUUAAUGAGAAGUCUUUGCAAGGCAGGUGCUCCGGGCAAUUGCCUGACUCUUAAAGUGACACUAUAGGCAUCAAAACAGCAGUUUUUGUUGAAUUGAUCUUACCUCUGAAGUCUCUCUGCUUAAUUAUUUGCCAUUUAGGAAAAUACUUUCUGAUUUAAAUUUUAUAUUUCUGUAAUAAAUCUAGAGAAAACAAUCUGGUGGAAAUUAAAAUAUUUCUUAAAGGGACACUACAGUCCCCUAAAGAACUUUAGCUUGCUAAAGUGCAUUGUCCUCUUUUGUGUUUUUAUUUUACAGAAAGUGCAGAUUUCAAAAGAAAGUGGCACUUUUGUAAAUUAACAGAGUUAUACCACUCUCUGUCAAUCAUAUAACUGCCCUGUUACUUCCAGGUUAUCUAGCUCAGUGGGGCUAAACUUAAAGGGACACUUUAGUCCACAGAACAACUACAGCUUAUUGUAUUUGUUUUGGUGAGUAUAAUCAUUCCAUUCAGGGUUAUUGUAGUAAACAAUCUUUCAGAGAAAAUGCAGUGUUUACAUUACAGCCCAGUGAUAACUCCACUGGCCACUCCCUAAAUGGCUGCUAGAGGUUCUUCCUGGGGCAGCACUGCCAUUCAGUGUCUCCACCCUUUGCACGGAGAUCCUGAACUUUCCACAUAGAGAUGCAUUCAUUCAGUGCAUCUCUAUGUGAUAUGGGGAUGCUGAUUAGCCAGAGCUUUGUUUGACUUUUGACAGCUGAUUGGCCAGGGAUGUGUUUGGCUUGUGGCCUCCUUGACAGUCUCAGUCAAUCCUGUCGGAAAGCAUUGUGAUUGGCUCAGAGAAUCACUUAUGAUGAUGUCGGCCAAGCAGGCAGAUCAGGGGCAGAGGCAACAGUUGCAGACUUGAAUAUAAGUAAUAUUUUAAUAUAUUUAGGGAGGCAUAGGGCUAGAUGGUGGUUUUAACACUAUAGGGUCAGGAAUAAAUGUUUGUGUUCCUGAACCUAUAGUGUUCCUUUAAUGGUAUGUUUGAAAUAUCACUUAUUCUGCAGUUUAUUCUUAUAGUUUGUUAAUGACUUAAACUUAAGCCUUGAUAACUUGUAGCACUUCUGGUUGAAUGUUGUGACAGAUGGAUACAAGAUAAAAGAAGCACAAGUUCAUCUGAGGUUAUAGGAGGGGAUGUUCCUCAGCUAGAUGUGACCAAGCAUUGGGUAACAUAUUUAAUAGUUUAAGUUGAAAACCUAUUGUUUGUUUAUGUUCUUAAAAUUGUAUCAUUUUAAAUAUGGUUUCGUAGCAUACAAAAUGGUUGCAUUAGGUUCAAAUUGUCUAACGUAUAUUGUAAAUUUGUGUUUAAAGUAGAUCUUUUUAUUUUUGAGUAUUUCUUAAUGAAAUUGUCAUUUUAAUUGAAAUUUUAAAUCGAUCAAAAGAUCUAAGACAAAGAACUACAACUUCCAUGCAUUUAGAAUGACAAAGCAUCAUGGAAGCUGUCGUUUUAAAACAUCUGUGGAUCUAGCCUCUGGGCAAUAUUCCUCAAGUCCCCUCAACUUCCACACACCAAGUGAUCAUGUCAGCUUUGGGUUCAAAAUAUGAAAGAGCCACUUUAACAUUCAUUUAAUAAGCAGCUAGGUUUAUUGGUAAAACGGAAAUUUGGAACAAAUUUUAUAUGUAAAACAGAUGUGUCCACUUUUCAAUAUUGAUUUCUUAGGAUGUUUCCUUAUUUUAGUCAAUAUGUAGCCCAUAUUGAAAUCAUCCCUCUUUUUUCUGACAAAUGUAUUUCUCUUCUUCUCUGUGAACUCUGUUUUAAAUUUUUAUGCAGAAUAUGAUAGAAGCCUGAUCUGUCAGUUCUUCAGAGCACUCAUAAGGGUUUCUGUAUGAUAUCCUACAAAACCAAAAGGGUUUAAAAUUCAUAGACUGCAUUAUCAUAAGAAAAUGUGCUAAACUUUGCAUAAAUAUCUUUAAAAAAUAACUUUUAGUUAUUUUACUUUAUUAUAUAUUUCUUAUAUUAAGCAAGUUUUCCAUAUAACUUCAGGCAUGCACUCCAAAGGCAAACCUACAAACACUUUUUUUGAAGCUUAUUGAAAAAAUAAUUUAGGUAUUGCAAUAAAUACAAUACAAAAAAAAAUGUAUUUAUACCUGUGUGAAGAACAAGUAUGGUAUAGUUUAAAACAUAUACACAGUUGGGUGCUACUGUCACAAAUGCGUGAAUAUAGUUACCACUCAGGGUCCAGAUAAUAACAUAGUAUGAGAGCAAAUAUGGUGAAGUAUUUAAUGAUGACAAAUUUAAAAUCAAAAUAAUGAAAACACACUCACAAAAGUGGCACAAAAAAAAUUAGUGUGCACGAAAGCGUUGCAGCCACCAAUGGGCUAGGUCCCCCUAGAGAGAGUCUGCCAAUGGUACCUAUGGAUGCCUAUAGAUCAAUGUGUGCCAGUCCAGGAAUACCCUUAUUGGAAGGAUGGAUACAAUCUCCGUGGUCCUGCAGGUACUGGCUUUAAUCUCAAGUCUUCACUGGGGGCACUUGUGCAAGCUCAAAGUUUUUCAUCCUUAAGACUUUUUCAAGAGCUGUAUCUUCUUUCUGUACUUCAGCAUUUAAAUGGCGUUUCGCGCGGCUUUCUAUUACGUGCGCAUGUGCAAAACGGGGGGAGAUUGUGACGUAUAACUUCGUGUCUCAAUUUCCCCUCGCGCAAUCGCACGCGUCCAGUUUGGAACGCGCAUACAUUUAUUGGUGCUCUACGCAAGAAGACACACAUUCCGAACAAGUAAUAAAAAUCUUGUCGGAAACAAGUGCGGUAGCGCUGCAAAAUAAAGAGAAAAUCCAAUGUAUUCAAAGAGAAAAGAUAGUAACCCCUCACAAAUUGAUUGUAAAUGGAAUAAUGAUAAUGCAAAUAUGUAGAUAAAAGUAAACGUUCAUAAUAUAUAAAAAGCAUAUUUAUAUGAGUACUUCAAAAAUCUGAUGGUAUGUAUGUAUGUAUGUAUGUAUAAAAUCAUUUGUGUGGGUCAAGAAAAUAAAUGAUACAUAUUAAAGGGACACUAUAGUCACCCAGACCACUUCAACUAAAUGAAGUGGUCUGGGUGCCAGGUCCCUCAAGUUUUAACUGUUCAGAUGCAAACAUAGCAGUUUCAGAGAAACUGCUAUAUUUACAUUGCAGGGUUAAUCCAGCUUCUAGUGGCUGUCUUCCAGCCAUCACGCAGAGCGUCCAUAGGAAAGCAUUGAGAAAUGCUUUCCUAUGGACACUUUGUGCGUGAGGCAUUGCCGCACAUUCGGCUCCGCUGACGUCCCGGCGCUGGAUUAAGGUAAACUGCUGAACGGGUUUUAACUCCUUCAGCGCCACGGGAGAGGGACCCUGAGGGUGGGGGGACCCUCAGGGCACUAUAGUGUCAGGAAAACUGCUUUGUUUUCCUGACACUAUAGUUAUUCUUUAAAUAUAUACAAACUAGUCAAAAGUGCACAAUGGCUGCAACGCUUUCUUGCACACUAAGAUCUAUUUCUUUUUGUGCCACUUUUUGUGUUUUCAUUGUUUUGAUUUUAAAUGUAUCAUUAAAUAUUUCACCAUAUCUUUUCUCUUAUACUUUUUUACAUGUUAUCAUCUGGGACCUGAGUGAUUACUAUAUUCACACAUUUGUGACACUGGCACCCUAUUGUAUAUAGGUUUUAAACUAUACCACACUUGUUCUUUAUAUUGUUGGUAUUUGGGAGUGCUCCCAUUGACAAAUAAUGUCAAUGUAUAAAAUCCUAGUCACAAUAAAUAUCUAAACCAGAAGCAAGUAGUAUCUGCACAAUAUCCCACUGAGGGAGUAAUAUCAAUGGUGAGUGCAGAGGUAAAACCUUCCUGGUAACAGUGUGUUACAUCACUGUUGCAAAUAAAAGUUCACUGUGCUCUAAGCAAUGGCACUGAAAUUGAUACAGUUCACAACAAAGUAUUAAGAGAAAGUGAAUCAAUAGAGAACAGUGUUUCCAGCUAGACAAGGUACUCAUUGUCCCACCUUUUGCCAGCCCCAGGAGGUUAGUCAACUACGGUGGUUGAGCAUUCCCAGCGCUCUGGUUGUAAAAUGGAGGGUUUCCACUUCCCGUGCACAAUUAAGUGAAGGAAAACGUAUGCUGUAGGCCUGCCUUGCUGCCAUGUGUAUUCUCAAUCCACUGAUGUUCGACCAGGUGUGUGCACGUGUCUGAUCACCUGCUCCUGGAAACUUAUUGAAAGUUCCCGCCUCACGCGUUUCGUGGCGCUAUCGGCCUGAAUAUUCAGUGUAGGUUUGUGCACAGGCUUGUGACUAAUAAUUCCAUUCUUUUUCAGGCCAGACUGGCUUGUUGGAUUUAUCCCAGUGGACUGCAGUAUCUUACCUUGAGUGAUUUAUAACAUUUUGACAUUUGCUCACCCAGCCAAGUUGGCCAUUUGAACCUUGUGAGUCUUACAUUGGUAGGCAGUGCAUAUAUUUGCUUAUUUAUUCCAUACCAUUUUUGAGAAUAAUAUCUUUCCUAUCUAUUCAGCACCUCUUUCUACUCAGAUGUCAAUAAAUGUAACACAAUUAACACAGAUUAAAAUCCCUAUAUUUACAAUCAAUACUUUUCUUUGAGGACCGUUAUCAAGCUUGACACUAAUUCAUUAUUUUUCAUUGUUUCUAUCAAAGAAAUAAAAUGGAGUGGGUAGAACUCUUAUUUUCCUGCAGUGACACAGAAUGAUUUAAUCUUAGAUUGCUUCAGAUAGCUAAUGUGCUUACAGUCUGCCAUCCUUACUCUUACCCUGGCCAAUUUCAAGAUGUUAAGAAAUGCAUAUUUAUUGCAUUCCACCACACACGUUUUGAUGUCUCCUUUUUCUUGUGACUUCUAAUAUGCCUUUCCUUUUUUUGUUGAACUUUGCAAUGAAAAUGUCCUGCAGCUAAAUUUGGCUCAUAAAUGGCUGAUUAGCUGUUUCCUCCAGUGUACUGUAAAAAGGAUUUUAAAAGAGGAAAUGUACAGAAAAAUUACCCAGGAAUGUUUGCUUGAAAGCUACAGGGAAACUAAUCCUACUUAUUUUGCAGCAGCAUGCAACUUGAAGUGUGUAUGAUUUUUUUUUUAAUAUAUAUUGCAUUAAAAAGAUUUUUCAACUUCUGCAUUGAAAAUUCUCUACUUUGUAUGCUUUUGCUUAUUAAGUGGAUACUCUCGCACCAAAAUAGCUUUAGCUUAGACUGACACUAUCCGCUCAUUAAAGUGGUCUGGGUACAGUGUCCCUAUUGCACUUAGUGCUGCAAUGUCUACCAGACUGCCACUAGAGGUGCUUUCGGAAUGUUACCAGACUUUUGGUCCACUAACUGACGCUUGACAUCCGCAUGCAAAGCAUGCGGACAUCUAGUGCCUAUUUCCCCUUAGGAAAGCAUUGAUUCAAUGCUUUCCUAUGGGGAGGCCUAAUGUGCGCGCGGCACUCUCCAAGCAUUUGCAUUAGCGCCCCCUCGUCGAGUGAUGUCAGAGUAGGCAAAGCUUUUUAACCCUUUAUUAUAUGCAUUUAGGAUUAUACUGCCUAGAUUUUCUUUUAAAACAGCAUCUUGAUGACUACAAAUGCCUAACAGACUUCCAGUUCAGUAAGAGGACACUCACAAGGGUCUAUUCACUUCAUGCACAAAAUUAUAUUAACUUGUGUGUUAUCAUUAACCAACCGCAACUACAUUGGGAUAAAUAAAUAAUGAGUUACAUCCAGGGAGGAUGGAGGAAGUGGUGUCAUUUAAAAAAAAAAAAAAAAUAUAUAUAUAUAUAUAUAUAUAUAUAUAUAUAUAUAUAAACACCAAUACAAAAAUGGAUAUUGCAUUUUUUUAUGUGCACUCUUAAUGCAUAAUACUACAUAAUACUAAUACAUUAGAAAUCUAUGAAACUUUCCAAUUGAAAACUGUGAAUAUCAGAAAUGCAAGAUAUAUAGCACUGAGGCAUAUAAAACCAAUUUGUUAAUAUCAAAGUGAAGUCUAUAUUUAUAGGUCUCUUUCUAUAUCCAUUAUUUAUUGUAUAAGGCUGUGGUUCCCAAACUUUUUAAAUUCAAGGCGCCCUUAAUAUUUCAGUGGCACCCCAAGUCUAAAUGUCUAGGUUGUAUAUCUGUACGUGUGUGUUUGUAUGUAAUGUUUGCGUUUGAUUGCAGGGGUGUGUCUGAAUGUAAUGUUCACUUUUAAAUGUGGAUGUACAUUUGUGUGAAGUAUUUAUUUGUGUUUGAGUGAAGGGGUGUGUUUGUAAAUAUUUGUUUUUUGAGUUUGCGUGAAGGGGUGUGUGUGUUUGUAUGUAAUAUUUGUGUUAGAUUGUAGGAGUGUGCUGGUGUUUGAUUGGAUGUAUGCACAUACACUACCACAUACAUACACAGAUAUUCAUGCACAUUAACACACAGAUGUAUAUAAAUACACAGACACAUACACACAUAUAGAUACACACAAAUAUUGAUACAUGCCUACACCAUGACACAGAUACACACACACACACACUGACAUAAAACCACACACCCUGACACACAGAGGCACAUACACAGAUGUGUGCGCAGAUACUGAAGCACACUGACAUAGGUACACACACAAACAGAUGCAUACCCUGACAGACACUCUCACUCACAAACACCCUGACACUACACACACACACACUCAUACAUACUCACAAAAAUACAUUCAUACACAUACUCAUGCUCUCAUACAUAUACACACACUUACACUAAUACACACACUCAUACACUCACACACAAGUUAUUUUAUUAUAUCUCUAGCCACCUUCUUGUCGCGGUCAUAAAGGACCGCAGCACUCAACCUCGUCUCUGUAGAGCAGUAAUGUUUCCCCGGUUCUAUAAUCAUAGCAUUGGGGAAACAUUCCGCGGCACCCCUGUGUGCAGAUCGCGGCGGCCCAGUGAAUGGCCUCCUUCUGCCUCCACCCCAUGUGAAGCAAGGAUAAGGAAACCCAAUGCCAAUGGCCCAGUGAUUGGGUCUUUACCAUUGUUUUAAACGACUUAGUCAAACAAAAUCCAGCCCAAGGAAUGGCUUGCCAUGUGGUGCCCCAUCUCUCUGGCGUUUCCCAUUCUAGUUAUUUUGUUUGAGAGACUCACUGGCACUGCCAUUGAAAUGCUCUUUGCCACACUAGCCAGGAAGUUGAAGGCCACUUGCCACUCCUCUUCCUUCCUAGAAAACUCUCCCUCCCUAAAAACAGACUGGAGGAAGGAAGGAGGAAGACUUUCACUGUGUCUUCAUUUGUGGUCUGAACAACAAAGGAAGACAACAUGGUUCAAGUGGCAAAUUACAGUCACAAAGUCAUAUCUCAAGCCAUGAGAAAACAUGUGGUAAAAGUGGUAAUGUACUGAAUUCUAACACAAAUUGCUUUCCUACUCAUUUCUAUUUUGUUACACCAGUGUGCUGUCCCAUGCUUUUAUUUCAUUAUGUUGUGUUUGCAUGUUUUUUGUUUUUUUUUAUUCAUUGAUGCAUCAGUACUUAAAUCUUGUUUUAUAGACACCAAAUUGAAUAAUAUCAGUUGCUACAGAUGAACUCAUUCUUAGGUAAUAUUUGCCUCAAGGUUCAUCUAUUUUAAUGUUUUGAAGCUGUUACCAUAACCAACUUUUUUUUUUUUUUUUUUUAGGGAAACUCGUGGCUGUUGCAGUAAUUGAUGAUAAAAAUAAUUCAGCUGAGCACACAGGGUAACAAAAGAUUUUAUUAUUUUUACCAAAAAUAUGUACCUUUUAAUUAGAUUAUUCUUUAAAACGAACUAGACAGACAUUGGCUAUAGCUUUUGCUUAUGUUUCUCACAGAGAAAUACUUUUAAGUUUGUUAGGAGCUAAAAGCCCUGUGCAAACCUGUAAUAUGCUACAGUUUUUUUUUUGUUUUGUUUUGUUUUAUUCCCUAAUGUUGUAUAUAUAAUCGUAUAAAAUGAGCUUGUGCACAUCAUGGAUUUAAACUGCACAAGAAAAUGAUCUACGAAUUAGAGAAAAAGUCACUGCAACAUUAAACAUUACAUUUUUAUCUAGUUCAUGUGCAUAGUCACACUUAAUAAUCAUCAUCAUUGUUCUCAUUAGCUGUGCAGUUAACUUUUUUUUUUCUUUUUUUUUUUGCCGGCAAUGAUAUUACAAAAUAAAUUACAUUUUGUAAUUGAAUAUUGGAUAGUCUUGUGCCUCCUUACAGUCUGUUAGCACAUUUACCUGUAGCUUCUUAGGAACAGUAUAGGGCAAUGGUGCUGAUGAUACUAUGCCAGCAGUUUUAAAAUAUCUGGGGGUCUACAGUUUGGACACUCCUGGUAUAGAGCAGUUCCAAAGUCAGGGAUCAGAAACCUUCAGCACUUCAGAUGUUGUGGUGUUAUGUAUUUUUUUUUUUUGCCAGCGUUGUGGCUAUAAGAGCAUUAUGGGAGAUGUAGUCCUCUACAUCUGGAGUGCUGAAGGUUGCCUACCCCUGUCCUAAAUAUUAAACUGCUGGUUGCACGAAGGCUGGUUUGGAUAGAACAUCUUGUAUUAGAACUUUAGCUCUUAACUGCUGUUCUAUACCUCUAUUAUUGUACCUCUCGUCAUUUGACUUGACAGUUCCCAAGAACAAAGUAGUCAUGUUUUUUAUAAUUUGAUCAGUCUUAUUUAAUUAAAGGGCUUAUCCAGUUAUUAAACUUCCGCAGGGCUUCGUCUCCUGCAAACACACUUUUUUUCUUCUAGGAUGACUGCUGUAUAUAUUAGGAUUUCUGUAUAUGACUGCUGUAUAUAGUAGCUACCAUCUGACUAUUUCAGAUUUAUACACUACUUAACCAAUUUAAACUUGUAUGUCUAAAUAUUGAAAAUAUUAAUUUCCUUUUUCUUUUAGCUUGAAGUCUAUUGUUCAAGAUGUAGCAAAAAACUACCGGGAUCAUUUUCAUCGGUAUAUCAAUAUUCUUUCUUUUCUUUUUUCUUUUUUUUUUUUUUUUCUCACCCCCCUCCCUCCCCAACUUCCUAACAUUAUAGUGUCCUGUUACAAGUUUACAUUGCAGUGUUUUACAUUGCACUGUUGGUGACAUUGCAGCCAGACCCUUUCAUUGAUAUGGGUGCCUAUAGUAUUUGCCCAUAGCAUUUGAUUGGUGUACACAGGAUUUACUAACAAAGCUCAUUUCCCAUUCACAAUCCUUCUUUUUUAUUUUAUUUUUUUAAACAGUAUUUUUUAACAUGAAAUUAAAUAAUCUUUACUGCAUGCUAAAAUGUGCAUAUAUUUAUUUACAGAGACUUUCAGUUUGGGCACAUGGACGGGAAUGAAUACAUCAAUAGCCUGCUAAUGGAGUAAGUGCUUUAAAAUGAAGUAUAAUUUUGGCUGCAUAGGUUGGCAUUAUUUCUGAAUGUUGACGUAGAAUAUUUUCAAUUUCAAAUGUAUCAGAUGUGGCUGAGUUUCAUUUGAAUACUCUGUGCGUGCUGUGUUCUUGUACCAUGCAUCCAGCUGUGUGCUUAAAGCACCAUAAUCACUUCAGUGUUCUGUAAGUAAUCCUUAAAGUGGGAACAAAAAAUCUUUUCAACUUUUGCAAGAAUGAUUUGGGCUUGCUGACUGACUUUUAAUAGAUUUGUGUGAAUUUUCUUUUUGAUCUCUCCUGGAAUACUUUGCUUUUAAGGCAGGUUAGAAAUGAUUUGGAUUGAGAUACAGUCAUUCGGUGAGUUUUCUUGUAGCUUCCUGCUUUCACUCGGCUAACGCUCCAUGUGUUAUAGAUAUAUAACAUUUAAAGUUUUUUUUAGCCAUUUGCCAAUAUGAUGUAGUUAUGGAUAUCAGAUUUUCUUUAAAAGUGUUUUAAUUUGUAUUAUUUUUACUUUUUCCAAAACACAGAUAUUACCAGCAGCUAUUUAUCUUAAUGCAUUAAGUUGAAAUAUGUCAUCCUAUCUUGAACAGUUUAAGAAAUCUAAGCAAUCCAUAAAGAUUUUUUUUUGUUAUUUUUAUUAUAUGUUAGGUGACAUACCUAAAAUAUUACUAAUGCAUGUACAUGUCCCAUAUAGCAAUAACUGCUUAUUUUGGAAGUACAGAUUUGUAAUACACAGUAAUCAAAGAUUUGAAAUGGAAGCCAGUUUUCAUCUUGCAUUUAUGAGUGAAUUUUGUAGUAUACAAAUUAAGAUCACUGAUAUGUGUUUAACAUCACAUUUUCUAUUGCAAUUUGAUUAAAGGUAAAUACAAUAAACUUGUAAAAGGUUUGUUAAAGUACUGCAGGAAAAUAGCUUAGAAUGACACACUUCACACACAUGUCCCAUUUUGUACUCCGCAAGAAAGCUUACAAUUAAUGUAGAGGCUCUGCCUCACUUUUUACAUGUUGGCUUUAGUACUUGAAAUGGUGCUUGAAAUGUUCCUCUAAAAAAAUUAAUUUAUAGCUUUAUUGUGGUUUGUGAUUUUAGAAUUCACUUGCGAAUUGCUGGGUUAAAAUAUACUGUUUUUACGGAGUUCCAAGAUGGCGUCUGGCCAUGUGGCUUGGGAAUUCCAAGAUGGCCACCAGCCAAGUGCUUCCAGGAGCACCAAUAUGGCCACCGAUCAUGUACUUUCUGGAGCACCAAGAUGCCUGCAGUUCAUGUACUUCAAAGAGCAUCAGGUUGCCACCAGCCAUGUUUCCUGGUGUUACCUAGUUUAGAUUAACCAUAGACUUCAACAGAGCUACUGGAAACCCACAUAUAUUUGCAAGCAUUCAAAGCUAACCCUUUAAUUUUGAAAAGCUAUAAUUUAGAUUAUUAGCUGCAUCAGGUAUUUUGACAGAUAUAUUCUAACAGGUAACCCUAGUAGUGCAGCAGAAGAGAAUGUUAAAUAAAAAGAUGUUUGACACCCUCCACAAUGGGUUACCUUAAAAAUGAACCUACUAGGUCCAUAUGACCUUUCCAGCCUACUGUGCUUACCAAAGAAAAUCAGACCAUCUGUGCUCCCCAUGCCAACACAAACUUACUAGCACUGUGUAUUUGGAACAAACCUUGUCUUAAGCUCACAAACUCUCCCCGUCUUUCCUUAGCUACCCCAAUUCUGCAUCCCCACAUUCCUUGCCAGGCCCUCGAAUGAACAUGGAAUUACCCACUUCUACCAUAUCUACCUUCACAGGAAACUGUUAGACUUAGAUUCCCUGAUGACAAAAUAUGAUUUACCCCUGACUUUGAACUACUCAUACAUACAACUGAAAUCUUUUCUACAACUACUGUUAUUGACCAGCACACUGCACAUAUCACACACAAAGACCCCCACACCUUGGGAAUUAAUUUGUAUACGAGGAUGUUUACCUAUCAUCUGUAAACCGAUCUCCAUGUGCUACAAAAUGCAACUUGAUUUCCAACCCUUCACUAAUUCGACUCUGUCAGAGCUAAACUGUGAGAUCUCGCAGACUCAAUGGGAAAAAAUAUUUAGGGCACCCAAACAACUUAUUAAAUUGGCUUUCCUCCUGGGACAACAGCGUAAAAUGUGAUAUAGGUGGUUUAUUGGUUCCCAGAGAGACUGCACAAACGUUGUUAAAAAAAAUGCAACAGACACAUGGGCUCAGUUAUGCACAUUUGGUGGCAAUGUAGUCGGCUAGACACCUUUUGGGCCGUCAUUAAAAACCUCAUACUAGAGGCCACCACCCACUCACUGCUUCUUGAGCCACUAAUAUACUUACUAAUGUGUCUACCUGUAGACAUCCCAGCCCACUUGAAAAAACUAACCUACUACAUCUUGUUGACUGCUCAUCGCCUAAUUGCAAAAGCGUGGAAAACUCAAUCAGCCCCUUCCACCUAUGGCCUACUAUCAGAAAUAGAUGUGCAACAUUUUUAUGAGCGCCAAUAUAGGGAAAUUUUUUUCCCACUCUGACUGUUAUAGAAGCUUGGAAAGCUUGGGAUUCAUGGAGAUCGGUAAACACGCCAAAGCUGUAAACAAUGUAUGGUACAUAUUAUUGACCAAAAAAGUUGGGUCCCCGUGCGCAGGAGGGAAGUUCCGCCUCGUCUGUGGAUGAGCACUCACAAGUACUUGUUGUCUUUUAGCUGUCCUACCUGUAACCAAGCAUUACAAUCAGUAAAAGAUAAACUCCGUUUAAUAUCGUGAUGCCUACUGAGGGGAUGGAGAGUAUAAACUGGGGCUCCUGUCAUGACCUGUCAUGAGCUGUGAAAUGCAUGUCUGUAACUGUACCACUCUCAUGUAUAACAAAGUUGUGACUGACUUGUAAAUACCCCCCCCCCCCCUCAAAUGUAAUAAAUUACUCAAAUUUAAAAAAAAUAAAAUGUUCGAAAAAAUAGUACUAAUAAAUAUAUUCUAGCUAAACACGUGUAAUGCUAACUAGACAAUUAUCUUUUGCAUUACUAAUCGUAUAUUUCCCAUGAUUGCAGUUAAAACAUAUCAAAGGAUAUCCAAGCAAUUAAAUCUAAACACAAGUAUAAAAAUAUAAAGAAAUUAUACAGUUUUAUACUUAGAGUCCCAGGAUCCUGGAUGAAAUGAAGAUGAGGGUUUCUACUGCUCUUGGUAGAUCAACCUUCAUGUCCCUUGAUAAAAAAAAUAUUGGCCUAGAGCACACAGUUGCAGCUUGAGAAUUAGUAAGGCUGCCAGGACCUCUGAAUAGCCCUGUGCCCUAUAACUGCUACAUGCUGAAUACAAAUAAGAAAAUCUCCCCCAUGAUGACCCUACCUCUGCGAGCUAAAUCCUGGAAUUAAAUAGCUCAUUGCCCACCCACUAAAUUGCAUAUUCUGCUCCUAUUCUCUACUCGUUCCUUACCUGACGCAUGCAUCUCAGGAACAGUUAAACUAGUUUAACUGUAUAUUACUUCACGAGUAACUAUAUUGUUAGGACUAUAUAACCAGUUUCCAGGACUACAGGAGCAAUUAUAGUCCUAAAAACUGUCACUUAUCCAGGGAAUAUUUGCUAAAUAUUGAAACUCAAAGUCUAUAACUUAGUGAGUUAUGGGCGCAAAAGCACAAAUAGCAUUAAAACUGUUACUCAUAUUUGAUAUCCAUGACAAGCAUUAAUUUAACUAGCCAAUCGAAUGCUGUUAUCUUCUUUUUAAAAAUAAAGGUGACUUCUCCUUGACCUCACUUGCAUUUGCUUUGUUAUAUUUCUUUUCUUUUCUUUACAGUGAUCUCAGCAUCCCUACGUUUGUUGUACUUAACACCUCCAACCAGCAGUAUUUCCUUCCAAGCAAACCAAUUAAGAGUACAGAAGACAUGGUGCAAUUUAUUAAUGGCAUUCUGGAUGGCACUGCAGAGGUAAAUACAAGUUCUCUGCCUCAACCUACAUUUCAAAUGUCAUAUGGAUGCUUAGCUAUCAUUAACCAAAAUAUUUUGAGAAAAAAAUUGUAAUCUCUACAAAAUGUGAUAUAUAUAAAGUAAUCUUUUGAUUCAGGUUAGUUAAUAACGGUUGCUUGUAAAGCAGUCUACGGAGUAAGAACAUUGGUCUGUACAAAACUGCCUCUAUCUUAACUACAUAUUUUACUGCUAGAAUAGGUUCAUAUAGUGUUUAUUAUUAUUUUGCACUAUUAUGUAUGGUGUAAAAAAUAUAAUUAAGUGACUAUUUCACUUUGUUUGUUACAAUAAAUAUGAAAUCUGAUGACUACAUACUUGUCAUUCUUCCACUGCUAUUUUCAAAGGGUUUAGCAGUGUUAACUGAAGUCCGCAUAAAACCUUCUCUUUUAAUAACCUGUUAAAUUAACAGCCAGUAUUAUAUAUCACAAAUGAUAGAAUUUUGUAUUAUUCUAGUACUCUGUUUUAUAUUUGCCCUUUUUAAAUACACUGAAUAAUUACGAUCGCUGUUCUUAAUACCAUUUUUCUUAAUGGAAUAAAUUCAGGCACAAGGCGGUGAUGGAAUACUGCAGAGAAUCAAGAGGAUAGCUUUUGAUGCAAAGUCCACUGUCGUAGUAAGUAAAAUGGCUUUGAAAGUGGAUAAAAUCACUAACAUUUUUAAAUUUUGCCCAACUUUUCUCUGUUAAGACCUGACUGUUCAUUUAAUUUACAAAUUUAGCCUGCUACAAAUGCUACUUGAUGGAGAUUGUAUGAGCAAUCCAAAGAUAUUUAAAAGAUAUUUAAUCUGCACUUCUUAGAUCCUCAUUUUCUACAGUUUCCAUUAAAAUAUACAAAUACAUUUUUUUCUUAAGUUGCAUAUUUUCCUUUUAUAAGGUACGUAUAUAAGUAAAGUAAAAGAUAUUCACGCACACUUACCUGGAGCUUUAAUACAGCUCUAGUGUAUGCGCCUGGGCGGAAUAAUUCCCGCCUAUGGAUCAAGUGCAGAGGCAAUUCUUCGAGUUAUAGGUGUGCUAGGGGGUAUCCUCAUAAAAAACAAACAAAAAUAGUCAAUGGUGAAGUAUGUAAAGCUAUGAAGCGAGGGUAGGUAAAAACUAUAAAAUGUACACUCACGUGUAAUGGAGCCGUAAAACCUGGCUCCUCUGAUAGCGCUUGAAAUGGUAUGAUCCCCCCCACUCAAGGAUACUGGUGUAAAUAUAAAUUCUUCCGUCCGUGUAUAUGUGGAGAAAAACAAACAGAACCACAAUAGUGUACACAGUAAAAAGGAGUGUAAGCAGAAAGUUAAACCUACUCUCAUGCCAAAGAGCAAGUUCCGGUUUGCUCAAUCCAAAGUGCUUGGGUGGUACGAUCCCCACCAGGGAUAUAGCUCCAAACAAUCCAACAGCAGCAAAGUUAGGUCCAAUUAAAAAAGAACUUUAAUGUUAAAACAAUAAUAAAAAUAAUACAAUAUAUAAUAAAAUAGUGAUAAAGUUAUAAACAAUACACUUAACGCGUGUUUAUAAACACUUUUGAUAAAGCUUAUCCAAGGAGAAAUGCGUUAAGUGUAUGGUUUAUAACUUUUUUAUCACUAUUUUAUUUUAUUAUAUAUUGUAUUCCUUUUAUUAUUAUUUUUUAACAUUAAAGUACUUUUUUAAUUGGACCUAACUUUGCUGCUCCAGUUUGCUGCACCUGUAUCCUUGAGUGGGGAUCAUACCACUUCAAGCAGAGGAGCCAGGUUUUAUGGCUCCAUUAUACGUGAGUGUACAUUUUAUAGUUUUUGGACAAAUAAGCAAACAAUGGUGAGAGCACUCAAGAAGAUAAAUAAAUAUUACCCAAAUUGGCAGUCAUAUAAUUCUCUGAAAUUAAACAAAGAAGAAAGACAUAGGGUAAUAAAGUUUAGACUCAAAUAAUAGAAUAUAUGUAAGAAACGAAAAAACAAAGGAAAGAGGGCGCACCUUUAAUAAAAAUAUAUAAAAUAAAUAAUAUAAAGCUAAAAAAUAUAUAUAUUAAAAUAAAAAAAAGUCCAAAGUAACAGUCCACAAUAAAUGGAGAACGUUCUUGUAAAAUAUACCUUGUCAAGGAUUACUGAGGUGCUGAACCUUCCCCAAUGUUUUUAAACCUUUUAAUUUACCUUUGCACACAUCCUACACCUAGAUUGCCUGUGAGCUUACAAUCUAAAGGUAUAUUUUUCUUUCAUAAGGCACAUAUGCACAAUUAAAUCUCAUGGUCUUUAAUCAUGUGUUUGAUUAAACCAAAUUCACCUUUGCACACAUCCUACACCUGGAUAGCCUGUGAACUUAAAAUCUAAAGGUAAGUAGCUAGCACAUUGUAUAUAAAGCCUUAGGAGUGUUAUCAAGUUGGCUUUUUUUAUAUGUAUCACAGACUCUUUAAACGCAUAACACCGUUACAGCAUUCUAUGCCGUCCGCAACAUAAUGGGUGUUUUAACUACUUUGUGGCCUGGAGCCGGCUGCUGACUUACUGUUCCGGCGCAAUGGGGACUGCCUGACAGCCCGGGAAGUCCCCAUCCUGCAAUUCAAGCCCCCAAUCACUUGGCUCCAGUAGCUUCCCAUAGAGCUGCCUCAGCUGUCAGGUCAGGCCCUAACUGCUAAAAGUAAAAAAAAAAAUUAAGGCACCAAUUAUUAUUAUAAUUAUUAACAACUUGGACAAUUGCCUCCAUCCUAAAGGGGUUAAUGUUCUUCUGUCUCUCUAAUAGGGAACAUGGAUGAAAUGAUUUAACAAUAUUUUAAAAUGACUUUCAUAUACAGUAUGCAGGCAUAAUUAAAUUAUUAAAGAAAGUGCUUAUGGUAUGUAAACCUGUUACGUAUUCUGUUACUAAUAGUAUGGUUUUUGUUUUUUCCUGUUUUAAACUAGUCUGUUUUCAAAAGUUCCCCUCUUCUUGGCUGCUUUCUGUUCGGUCUGCCACUGGGUGUCAUCAGUAUAAUGUGUUAUGGAAUCUGUACAGCAGACACGGAUGAUGGCACAGAAGAAAUGACCAGAAAAGACGUGAUUGAUCAGAAUGUAUCAGAUGAGGGCAGUGAUGAAGAACAAGAUGAGGACAAGAAAGGAGAGAACUCCACUGAAGUGUCAGAUGCAGACCAAGAAGAAAAAGAUUUUAUAGAAAAGAAAAAGGAUUAACUUCUGUGUAGAUGUGAUAGUUCUCUAGGAAUCCACAAAAAGAGAGAAAGAAAAUGUAUUUAUUUAACUCAGCCACUUACAAAAAUGUUUAUCAAAAGAAAAAUGUGUGGACCCUGCUACACUUGGCAUUCUUUGCUUUUCCAAUUUUUUUUACCUAAUGGAAGUAUCUGGCAAACAAUAUAGAAUUUAAUAAACUAUUGUGAAACAAAGAGACAAGAUAGAAAAAUAUUUUUUUUUUUUUUUUUACAUUACAAUAUAUCGCCACUAGACAUCUUAUUUUAUUUGGUGCAAACAGGUGCAUUAAAUACAAUUGAAGAUGUUUGUGUUACUUUCCAUCGCCUUACAAACUCCAGAUAAAUAUAAUCAUUUUAACAUUUUUGUACCUUGGCUCACCAGCUCCAUAGACAUGAGGGCCAUUUUCUAUUUUUGUAUGCUGGCUCACAAGCUCCAUGCAUGUAGGUCAAUUUUAUAAUACAAGGUCUGAAUUUAGUUCACACACUCUAUGCAUGUAGGGAAUGUUUACAUUAUUUCUUUCAAUGAUUGAUAACCUGACUAUUAUGGUAAAAUAUUGCCCAUCGGAGAUCUAUACAUAAGACUGUACCUAGCUAAAACAUGGCAUUUUACUCAGAGAUGAAAGUAUCACAGAUUUUAUGAUUUCCUUAAUGUUGAUUUGAAAUAUAUUUGUAAAGCAAAUUUAAAAAUUUCUUUUCAAGUGUAUUUUUAUAACUUCUGUAAAUUGCAGUUUUCUGAGAUUUCUUUUAUGAUGUUAAGAUGAAUGUCAUAAUACUUUUUUAGCCAAUUUAGUUAUCCUUAAAUAAGUUUCAUAUUCACACCACUUAACGUCAUAAUGUUUUGAAGUAAUUUGGCUGUGUCUUCUACACUUGCUAUAAUACAAUGAUGUGUGUUAAUAUAAUUCAGAUAUAAUAAAUUGCCUUUGUCCAACUUGACCGUUUAGAAUUGGAGUAUUAAUAUAUUUCUGUUUUUGAAUCAGAAGAAUUGUAAAAUGAGUUGCACAUUAGGAAAGUAGUGCAUUGAUGUAAUUAUAGAUAAAGGGUAGUUUCAAUCUAUGUAUGUAUUCCUAUGUACAUGAAAGUACCAUUACUGAUUUGAAACGGUGAUAUUGCAGAGAAUGUAUUCAGAAUCUCUGGAGAGAUGCAUUUGGGAAAAGUCAGAGGAAGCUUCAUGGCUACCAUGGUGAUUACCAUAGUAAAACAAAUGUAUGCUGCUGCAUGUGUUUAUUUUAUUCCUUUUUUCCAGGAAGUGAUUGAGCUACUUUCAUUUUGGGCCUUUAUUUCUUUGGAUCACAACAAAGAACAACAUUUUUGCUGCACAGAACUCUAUAUGUGUGCACCAAUUACUCAGAGACUCAGCAGCCUACAUAUUCAUAGUACGUGGUCAUGCAUGCAGGGUUAGUAUCCCAAAAUGCACAAAAACACUGGUUAAUUUACAAUAUCCUUAUAGGGAAAAUUUAAUUUUUGUCAUGCAGUUAAAAAUAAGCUCAUGUGAUGCUUCUGUAUCACAUGGAAUACUACAAAAUCUGUUUAUUAUUGUAGAAAUGCAGAUUAGAUGUUUUUCAAUAAAACAAUCAUUUAAAUUGAUUUCCACCAUGGGGGCAGGGCCAGCCUCGGCGAUGUAGAAAAUGUAUGUUAAAUACUUUUUAAUUCCUAAACAUGUAGUCCAGCACUAUAGUGUUAGGAGUUAAAACUGAAAUAUUUACUGUUCUACAAAGACAUAUUCUGGUUACGUGUCAAGUCACAUUAUAUAGUUAAUGAAAAAGUUACAAAGUAAUAGUCUAAAAUAUAUUUGGACACUAAAGGCAUCUCAUUGAAGUGUUCUGGAUGAACUGUCGCUCGCUGCGCUGCACAUUAGGUUUCCGACCCCACUGGCUGAUGUGGCGGAGGCGGUGCAUGACCCAGUUCCGAGGGACAUUUGUGCUGGAAUCGGGUAAGUGGAAAAAAAUGGUGUUAUGACCCUUUACAUUUCCAUAGGGGCACAGGGGUAGAAGAACACUUAGUGUGUUCUUUUAAGAGAGUCUUUCACGAUGCACAUUAGGGUCACAUUUUGUAGUGCUACAAUGGCAGAUGCAGCCGCUCACAUUCCUCAAAACGGAACUGGCACUUUUCAUGUUUUUUAUAUAUUUACAAAUCUGAAUUUGUGAAGGGUGAAAACAAAUGUAGAGAUCUACCCCUCUUUACAUACAAAGGGGUGCCUCCAUCUUAGCUCUCUGUCAAUCAUUGUUAUAAGCUCUGCCCUUUGCAUUUGGUUGUCAGUAUAGAGAAAACAUAUAGAAUUUAAACUAUGUUCCUCUUCAUUUGUAAUAUUUGCCCUGUGUUUGCUUUGUCUGAACUGGUUUAUGAUGUAAUUUGCUAAAUCUUUGGUAUAAAUAUAAAAUAAAAUAGAGUAUUUAAAGAUUUUGAUAAAAACAAUGGACCAUUUUCAUAUUCAAUGGUGUAAAUUCUACAGAAGUGAUGUUUUCUAUUUGAGAGGGACAUCAUGGAGGAACAAUAAACAAUCUUAACUUAAGUAUAAUGUUAAUUCUAUACAUUUUGCCUAAAUUUCUCCAAAUGGUACAUCGAUUAUAUGUGUAUCUAAAUAAAGCUGACCCUGCCAUUCACAUGUUUUAUGGAUGAGUGUCAACUAUGUCAUUUAAGUCAAUCCAAUGUUCUAAAGUUUAAAUGUAAGAAACAGGAAAAAAAAAAAAAAAAGUGUAAAAGACAGCUCUACAAGACAUGUGAGCUACAAUAAACUUGCAGAAAGCUACUGUUCUUAAGGAAAUGUGUACGUUUUGGGUGAGGAGAGAGUACUCUAUAUUUGUUACCAGUACCUCAACAGCUUUUAAACGUUUUAUUUUUAGAGCCUGGGGUUCCCAGUAACAUAGAUGGGGAGAUAAACUAUUGAAUAGAAAACUGCUCCAUUGAUUAAACAAAGUAGUAACUAAAAGAGGCUUUUCUUUGUUUUGUUUUUAUUAUGUGCGUCUUUAAUAUUUUGCAUUAUUGUAAACAUUGUAAAAGCUGAUAUUUUUAUGUUGGGUUUUUUAAGACUAAUGUUUGUGUAUUUUUUUUUAACACGUUUAGAUUUGUGUAAAAGGUUCUAGAGGAUGUGGAUGGUACAAUGUUAAUAAAUAACAAAUAAAUUAAAUUUUGUAUCUAAGGUUCCAGAAAUACAUUUUUGUUUAUUUAGGAUUUUUAUGUUUAAUGGAAAUUGCAUUCACCGUCUUUAUUGAAGGUGUGCAAACCUGUGGCCAUAAAACACACAAUAACUGUCAAUGUUGCUUCCAAUGCAAGAAAAGUAGAAUGCCUUUUUUUUUUGUUUGCUUGUAUUGUUAAAUAUAUUUUUUGAAUUUUGUUUAUUAUGUGAACUUUCAGGUUUCUUCAAAUUCAAAGCAUUUUAUUUUCAUUUUGUAGUAAUUUAAAACUGAGAAAAUGUAAAGCUUUUUUCUGUAAUAAAGGAGGUAUGUGAAGAUACAUUGCUCUUGUUUUCAGCAUGGUAUUAAAUGAUUUUCUCCUUAAAUUAUCUAUUUAUUUUAAUUGUUUUUAGUAAAAAUGUAUUGUACAAAUAAUGGGAAAAGGGUAAAGAAAUGCUGACUCCAAACCAUAAAGC